CGAUGCGCGCGCCCGUGGAUGAAGGUUUGAGGGAGCGUGCAGCGCGUCAGAGGGAUCCCUAAAAUAUCUGGUCUUCCCGUGUUCUGUGUGAUUGCCGUGUGAUUGCUGUGCGAGCUGGAGAUGACGGAGCUGAGGCAGAGGCUGAUCAGGGAGGAGGAGGAGGAGGCUGACGAUAAGGAGAAGGUAUUAAUGUCAGGGUGCAGGCUGUGGAUGGAGCGAUGGAUGUCACUAGCUGGGCAGGAUGCUGGGCAGGAUGCUGGCACUGUCACUAUGGGAGAUUGGGUGACGGGCUCUGACCGCACCGACUGUAAUAUAUCUGUUUACCUCGGAGAGAGGGGGAGAGAGGGGGAGGGGCAGGAUAUUGGGGAACCUGGGUACCACUCAAUGACACCCCUUUUAUAGGAGGGUCUACAUACUGCCAGGAUAUGCUGCUGGUAGGGAUUAUAGGGGGAAUAGCUGCAUUAUAGAGGGGUUAUUGGGAUGUGGGUGGAUUAUAGAGGGGUUAUUGGGAUGUGGGUGGAUUAUAGAGGGGUUAUUGGGAUGUGAGUGGGGUAUAGAGGGGUUAUUGGGGGUAUUGCUGCAUUAUAGAGGGGUUAUUGGGGGUAUUGCUGCAUUAUAGAGGGGUUAUUGGGAUGUAGGUGGAUUAUAGAGGUGUUAUUGGGGGUAUGGGUGGAGUAUAGAGGGGUUAUUGGGGGUAUGAGUGGGGUAUAGAGGGGUUAUUGGGAUGUGAGUGGGGUAUAGAGGGGUUAUUGGGAUGUGGGUGGGUGGAUUAUAGAGGGGUUAUUAGGAUGUGGGUGGAUUAUAGAGGGGUGGUUGACCUUUAGAGUCAUUAUUGGGGGGUUGGGGUGUAAUUCACUGUUUUCUCAGGGGUGUCCAAUUAAUAGAGUUCCAACUGCAGAAAACAUACUUUCAACUGUGUCCAGAUACAAAUCAUUGACUGGCCAAAUGUGAUGGGAGUUAUAAAUCACAGCUGCUUAAGGUUUCCUAGUCCUGUCCUCUCCCUAUGUCAUUAAGCUAUUGACACCAGUGAUGACAACAGCUGAGAUGGCCUAAUGGAUCUGGACUGUAUUAUUCAUGCAGUUCUGCCAAUUCGCUCUGCAGGAGGAGUUUUCCCAUACAUGGUGUUAAUUUAGAAGAAUAGUUAGUGUAUUAUCCUAACACAGAAAAGUGUAGCAUGAUGUCCAUGAUGGUUGUAGAACUAAGGGUUAACCAACAAUAAUCCAGGUUGAACUCAAUUACAGGGGCAGAUGCUCUGUAGUCCUGUUACCCUUGUGAGACUAUCUUGUCCUCUCCAGCUGUAGUAUGGUGCUGAUGGACUCCAAGGGUGUCUUACUUUUUAGGUGAUGAUGCUUGGAUAACUGCUAUCAAUGACCAUUUGAACCUCUUUAACUAUGGAAGUAUAGAAAAGAUGUAUGCUGCAGUUUUAAAGCAUGUGUUUUGCAGUUCUGUCAAAUGUAGGAAUGUUGUCUUAUUAUAGUUACCUUUGUUGCAUCCUCACAUGAUAAACAGUAAGGCCUGUAAAAUCUAGCUUAUGUUGAUGACCAAUGCUUAACCAGUUUUAGUGAUGUAAAGGCUAUUGUUUCAUGGGCUAGUGGUUUCAAAACCAUGAAUGAUCUUUACAAAUGAGAAGUAUUAUUUUGCUUACCUUUCCCAGUUCGGUCUUUUUUCAGCUGUGGUAUUUUGACAGAAAAUGUCCAAUUCCCAUGUAUUUUUUUACAGUUUCCCAUUUACUGAAUAAAACUCACAGUGCAUAUUUCUUCUCUUCUUACAUUUUUAAAGCAAGGCAUGGACGUAGAGAAAGCCAGGGUAUUAUCAGUUAAGAACAUGGUUAUAAAUAUGUGCGUGUUUGUAUAUACAUACACAAAUUAUUUUUGUUUUGUUUUCCCUGUAAGGUGUCAAGAUGUAAAAAUUAUAUAUUUUCUUUCUAGUGUCAGUAUAUUCAUACUGUACUAUGCCUAUUUAAUUAAAGGUUGCUUUGCAUAUAGUAUUUUUCUUUUCCAUUCUUCAUAUGUUGCUAGGGACCAUAAUAAGUUAUGCUACAAUAUCUAUGUCUAUACCUUCAUGUAUUUACAUGUACUUUUCUAUUGCUAAAAAAAUACUUUUAUCAGUUAUUUCAUACAGUUUUCACUCUCAUACCACUUUUGCCAUCAAUUUAAAGAAAUUUUGCAGAUUAAAGAUAACUGGAGCACAUUUAACAAUGAAAUUUUUCAAUCUCCAUUUUCAGAUAAAAUUAAUUAAACUGUUGCCUAAGCAGAUAGCGGAUGCACUGAGAUUGCUGUCUGCUUAUCGGCAGCUCCAUUUCUGUUUUGUGAAUGGGACUGUGAAUUAACGGAUAAACUUUUUUAUAUCUGUGGAUACGGAAAUGAGAUAGAUGCAGACAUUUUCUGCUUACCCGUGAGGUACCAUAUUUAUUUAUUGUUUUACUAAAAUUACAUAAGAUUUCCUUUUUAGAUGUGGUCAGGAAAAAAGCUAAUGUACACGUUAAAACCUUUACUUGGCUAUUUAGAUGAUAUUUUAUUUUUAGAUAUUAAAUAGGCUAAAUUUCCGCUUUAUGACAUGGCCAAUAUACACCUGAUUAUAAAAUUAGGACAUGCAGAAAGGUGGGGAAUUCUGGAUAAAUUUUUUUAAAAGUGAAGCUGUCAGAAGGAACAUUGUAUUGUUUUUCUGCUUCAUUUUUGGAAAUGGGUUUAGAAUUUGUUUAUAGCUUACUAGGUUUAGCAUUAUGCUCCAUUUAUACUCCAUAUUAUUUGGUGAGCUGAAUACACUAACACAGACUUUUAACAAUAAUUAAUGUGCCAUGUUACUGAUUGGUUCUGUACUGUAGGUUCUUUGACACCUGUAAAUAUAUUUGGAUAGAGUAGCUAUAAUAAAAUAAGAUUAACUUGUGAUAUAAUGACACCUGUUUAAAUAUACUCCCUUGAUGACUUGAAUGGUGGAUUACAUGAAUGAUGGGACAAUAUCUCCCCAUCUCAUAUAUAUCUAAAAUAACUGGAUAUUUACAUAUGGAAGCAUUGUGUGGUCCUUUCUAACAGUUAAAGACUAAAAUAUUUAUAUACAGUAGCAUUCCAUCUAUAUAACAUACCUAGUGUUAGGCUUAAAGAUUUAACACUAACACUUUAUUUUUCUUUAUCUACUUAUGAAGAAACUUUAUGGGUAAAGGUUUUGUCAUUUCCUCUGUGAAAAUAUUUCAAAAUGAAAGCCCAGCACUAUUCAGCAGAAAGAGCUUUAAAAAAAAUCAUAUUAACCCAUUAUAAUAGUAUUGAAGAGAGUGGAUUGGGGGCUACACUUUUUUUACUAUUCCAAACAUUGCAGCUGUAAAUGUCAAAUGAAAAGCAAGAAAUACUACAAUUAUAUUUUUGCAUAUACAGCAUAUUUGUGUGGAUAAUUGUAGUUGAAGUCUGGUUAAAAUUUCUUGUUGAGAGUGCUAACCAGCUUACAAUUUGAAAAGCGCAAUACAAAUAAUUUGAAUAUGUUCUUUCUGACAUGCUAUAUAGUAGGUUUGUUAUUUUAUUUAUUUGAAAUAUUUCAAAUUGAGCAACGAAAAAGCCUUUUUUGUUGUGUUGUUUGUUUUUAUUGCUGUGAAAACUCAGCAAGGUAAAACCCAAUUUAUAUUGCUUUUAUGUAAUAUAGAGCGGGUACCCAAGAAAGAAAAGAAUAUGUUGCAGAUGUUGAGGGAUAAUUCAAUAUGUAAUGUAAGUAAUGCGUUAAUGAAAGCAAAGUUAGCUUUGAAUUUUAAUUUACAAUACAUUAGCUUUAAUGUCAGUGUUAUGAACAUCUUGCCUCUUAUUACAUGCAGUCACAAUAAUGUUCAUACUUAAGUUCUAUUUUAUACAUAAAUUGGUGUUUCUCAAUGUCAGGUUUGGACAAAAACAUGCAGGUUUUCAGAAUCUCGUGUGAACUGUAUCAGGAAUAAAGAAAAACAUGGUGGAUUUUUCCCAUGGGGAAAUAAACCUUGCUUUAGGGAUGAGUACUAGAAAUCUACUGCUGAAGUCUAAAGAGGGCUUUUUCCUCCAUUUGUUUCUUCCAUGGAAGCAAUAAUACAAUGAUCUCUUCCCAGCCAAAUGCCUCUGUCAAUAUUUUAUUGAAAAUAGCUAUUAUCGCUAAAAUCAACUUUUUCUAAAACUAAACUGCUACUAAACUCUUGGCUGCAAUAGGAAAACCUCAGCAGAACUGAAUUGCAAGGAUCAGAGGAGUGUGCGUCUUGGGCCAGUAUAUUGCAUUAAUGCUUUUAAAAGGUUACAGUUAAAGGGACACUAUAGUCACCUGAACAACUUUAGCUUAAUGAAGCAGUUUUGGUGUAUAGAACAUCCCCCUGCAGCCUCACUGCUCAAUCCUCUGCCAUUUAGGAGUUAAAUGUAAGCAAGGAAACUCAGUUCUGCAUGCAGUUUUUUUGACUUGGUCACUAUAGUUAGGAAACAUUGCCAGGUCCUAUAGAUAAGGACAUGGGUCCAGACUCCUGGUAAAGGUAGGAAAACAAUGCCAUUUAUUUCAUCAACCCUAGUGGAAAAUUGAAGUACAGAAAAAGAAAAUAUAUGGGGGGCAGUAAGAGGAAAGAUGAUUACGGUUUUCGUUCCACUAAGACAUUUACUAAAAGACCAUGUUGGAUCAAACUAAGAUCAAACAUUGCACAAAAUAAAUUAAAAUACAUUUACAUACAACACUAUGCAAGGCAUAGAAAGAAGAGAUGGUGACUGUUUUAAAGAGGAGUUAUAAUCUUUUACCCAAGGAAAACUCUUAAUGUAUGUGAUAUUUAAAUCAUGUUCUCUCUGCUGAACUGAGUUAUGUGUGCCACCAUGUUAAAAAUGAAAAAAAAUAAAAAUCUUUCUUUAGAUAAGGUCCUUUCAUUGCCAAUCAUUUUUGAGUAGUGAACUGCACUGAGAAAUGAGUGAUAGGAAAGACCUUUCUCCUAAAGACCUCUGACACAACAGCAGAUGUAAAUCCACUGUGGUCAAUGUGCUUCUUUUUUUUUUUUUUUCUUCUUGUGGAAGUUCUCGUCCGAUCUAGACCAAUACGAUGUAAGAAGGAGUGGGAAUUUUAAAGUGAACUUUUCAAUAUUCAUCUGCCAAUGGAAAUUAAUUGACUCAGCACCUUAAUCCUUCUUUACUACCCAUGUUCCUGCAAUUUGUGGCAUGUCACGAAAAACUAGGCACCACUAAAUUUAAUGCACUCCCACCAGGUUUGCAAAGCUAUUUUGUCUAAGAUGAGCCCACUUUCCAUACAACAAGAACAACAUUUUGGAUUUUUUUCAGGAAUUCUGUCCGUAAUUCAGUUUUAUAAGAAAUGCAAAACUCCAAAUGUGCAUAUUCAGUAGGCAUCAAGAGCCUUAACCAUAAACCCGGUAAAACUUUGAGCCAUGCCUGAAAUAUAUAACCUCUAAUAGCUUAAAGUUUUGCUGAUAUGAUAAAGAUGUGCCCAGCUGCACACACAACUAUAACAAAUUUCUCAUUUCUUUUUUUUUUUUUUUAAACGUCUUUAAACAUCCUAUUUCGACUGCCUUUGACACCAUAAGGUUGUGUGUUACAUGAUAAAACUUUUUGCUGAAGCACAUUAUCGCAAACUGCGGGAUAGCAGGUUAAAGUGUAACUGAAGCAGGUUUACUGGAGACAGAACUCAUGUGUAGAAGGAUAGAUUCUGUUAUCUAAGAAGUCUGUGGUACUGUUACAAACAUUAGACACCAGGCAGAAGGCUGUUGUGACCGGAGUGAAAGGUGUUUUGUUUUUGCCUUUUAGUUUUAUAUGUGAUCAAGAAACAUUUAUCUUAGCACAUGAUGGAUGUCUGUGUUUUGUUUCCCAUUAUGAGACAUAGGCAUGGGUAUCAGCCCUUUAUGAAAUCUUUUAAGGCAGAUUUAUACUGUGUAACAUUACGUCAUUUAUGUACUGACAUGUCCAUGUUGUAUAGAGGUUUGAGAGUGACAAAGCUUUUUGGCAAACUACUUUCAGUAAUUGUGCAAGCGUGCAAAGUUCUCUGAUGUGUGGCAUUUUUCUAAUGGGUCUUCUGUGUUGCUUGUAUAUUGUAUUCUCUGCUUUUUUUUUUUUUAAUUGCUAGCAGACCUGGGAUAAAUGUGGUCUAACACCAAGCAUUCUGUAUUGCCCAGCAUUGCUUGGGCUUUUUUUUUUUUUCUUGCUUUAUCUAAUUAACCAUUUACAUUAUAUUUUUUUAUUAUUUUAAGGGGGAUCACAAAUGACACCAUUGAAUGAAACAUCACCUAUAUAAACUUGUGUUAACAUUUUUUUCUCACUCUGCUUUCCUAUAGAUUUACUUUAACGAUUUAGCAAAAUACAUCACAAUCUAAUUCUGUCCUGGCACAGCCACGGCACAUAUUGCAAAUGAGGAGGAGAAAUAGAAAUUCUCAUUAAUGUACACAGACAAAUAGUUCUGAUUUAAAGGGACAAUAUAGUCACCUGAAAAACUUUAGCUUAAUGAAGCAGUUUUGGUGUAUAGAACAUCCCCCUGCAGCCUCACUGCUCAAUCCUCUGCCAUUUAGGAGUUAAAUCCCUUUGUUUAUGAACCCUAGUCACACCUCCCUGCAUGUGACUUGCACAGCCUUCCAUAAACACUUCCUGUAAAGAGAGCCCUAUUUAGGCUUUCUUUAUUGCAAGUUCUGUUUAAUUAAGAUUUUCUUAUCCCCUGCUAUGUUAAUAGCUUGCUAGACCCUGCAAGAGCCUCCUGUAUGUGAUUAAAGUUCAAUUUAGAGAUUGAGAUACAAUUAUUUAAGGUAAAUUACAUCUGUUUGAAAGUGAAACCAGUUUUUUUCAUGCAGGCUCUGUCAAUCAUAGCCAGGGGAGGUGUGGCUAGGGCUGCAUAAACAGAAACAAAGUGAUUUAACUCCUAAAUGACAGUGAAUUGAGCAGUGAAAUUGCAGGGGAAUGAUCUAUACACUAAAACUGCUUUAUUUAGCUAAAGUAAUUUAGGUGACUAUAGUGUUCCUUUAACUAAUUUUUAAAAUGUUAUGCCAGAUUAAUUUAUUCUGCCCCCCUCCCUCCCCCAUCACCACUUUUUAAAUGACCUGAACACAAAUCUGAUGCGAUUAAUUUGAAUAGAAAUAAUAGCAGUGUGAUGUAGUUGAAGGGUAUAAAGUCCCUAGAGGCAAGAAAGGGGUUAAGUCCAGAUGACUCGAGGCAGGUCUUGUAUGUUCAAAAGACAUUCAUUCAGAAAUGGUUGUCACAGUAACCUGGAGCAGCUGGAUUAAUUGCACCGGAAACUGAUAAAUCCCAAGACAAAAAUACAAUCAGUAAGGCAUCAUUAAUUUAAAGAUAUCACUGUGUGCAUGCUUCAAGUAUAGACCUGAUAUAUAGACUUUCUAUGCAGAGGAGGUCAUGUCCUUUUUAAUUAGAUGAAACACACAUUUUUCUUCUGUCUGAAUAACAUGGCUUUUUUUUUAUAGAGGUUUUCACUAGAAAUUUUUAUCUAUAUUAUGAUUUUUUUCCAUUUUAGAAUUAUAACAUAUUGGGCUUUCUGUUUCUAAAAACUCCAAGUAAACUUUACUAUUGCUUAUGUGAAAGUCAUAGACUAUUAUGUUAUGUAUGACUUUCACACUAAAGCUGAAAAGAGAACCCAGUUGCUGUGUGUGCAUUUAAACACAAAAGAGGUGAUUUACUAAAUAAUCUAGUGACAAAAAAGCUGUUCAGUUUUCAUGGUAUACUUGUCAAUCUACAUGAUAGUUUGCUUUAAUUAACGUCCUUUCCACGUGCCUCCCAACAUUUCAAAUGGACAAAGAGGAACACUUUAAUUUUAUUGGUGUGAGUGGGGUGUGACCGUGGGUGGGGCUGUUCUGAGAAAUGUUAGGUGGCUAGGUACCACCUAGAUAUUUGUUUGUAGUAAGUCUCUCGAAUGGCCAAACUAAUUAAAGAGUACUGAAAGGGAACACACAUUUUGGGCCAUUGGUUCUCAGAAAGGGCUGUCCCCAAAUAAUCACCGUAAGUUUGGGAGAGCGACAUUUAGUAAUGGGUGGAUAUCCCCAUCUGUAAGCAACUAUUGUCUUUGCAAAAGGUUGCGAAGCUAGUAAGGGCUAGCUUGACUCUUUUGCUUGACUCUAAGUGAGGUAUAAUAAUGCUGAAUUUGGCAUGGACAAACCUAUCCAAUAGAGUGACACAUUUACCCUCAAAUAGAGAUUCCAGUGAAGUAACUCCUGCAGGGGAACUAACAACAGACAAGCAAUCGAGGACUCCUAACCAAAACCGCCAAAGAGGAUGGGCAGAGACCAGUGGGAAAGCCUGGGUUGUGAGCGAGAGGUAGUAAGGUGCCCAGGUACGUGGUCAACCCAUGCCUAUGUCUGCAUGAAAACCACACGGCCAGUGUAUCCAGUACAAACAAAUUAUGGAAGAAUUCUGGAGGCACAUAAGACCACGCCAGCUAAACCAGGAGUGGUAACAUAGGCUUCGAAUCAGUCAAUUCCAGAUUUAUCCAGUAAGGGGUAUUUCGUUGGACUUGCAAGUCUGUUAUGCAGAGUAAUUAAAUGGCAUAAGAAUACAACUUCAAAGAUGGGGGCCCCACUCCCCUUAAGUGCUUUGGUAUCCUCAGAACCUGUAAUUUCAAUCUAGGGACAUACUCACUCCAAAUAAAUAACCACAAAGUGGAAUCUGAAGAGGAAUAAUAUGGCAGGAGAAGUUUAAUCAAUAUCAUCUACAUAAAGUGGAAGAUACCAGGGUGAAGGUUCAUCUUUACCGCAUGUAGACAGCUGGACCAUGGAACAUACAUUUUAGUGUAGGCCCAUGAAUCAAACUCAACUGAACAAAGAAGAGGGACAAAAUAUCUAGCAUAAAGUUACUCAAGCCCCCAUUUUGGCUUUAUUUUGACAAGCCAUACUCUUGAUUUAAAGCAGCCCUAUUUUUUUUAUUAUUUUUAUUUUAAUGAAAACUAGGUGUUCUGAAAAAGAAAAAAGAUUUUCAGACACUGAAUUUGUGGGUUUAGAUCAACUUUACAUUUUGCAGUACAUACUUUGUGUAUUUAUUUAUUUUUAAUCCAGACUACUUCAAACUUUAUAAGUUAUUUUUAUUCCCUCUUCAGAAUUUAGGGAAUGAAUAAAAUGUUAGGCAUUAUGUGUAAAUAACAGUUCAAGAGCAAAGUUAUAUCAGUGAAGCAAUCACCUAGAAGAUAAAUGAAAUGAUUCCUCAAAUUGCUCCGCAUUUAGAACUUUGUCAAAUAGUUGUUCAUUGUAUAUAAUGUCGUUGUUUGUUUGUGGAUGGCCAAAGAUAAAUUUCAUGUCAUGGAGGCAUAUGCAGAAUCUAUUAAAACAGGACAAUUAACAGUGUGACAAGGACGGUUUUGUAGGGACAGUGCUCAGCUCAGCUGCCAGACUCAAAUUUGAAAAACACAAAACUGUGCUUGAGGGUAUAUGCAUUUUGUACUCCCUCCCCAUAGACUAUUGCCAUUACUUGUAGUAUCCUCCGUUAUGCAUCUAAAGUCAUCUGAGAAUUUAUUAAAUGGUAGUUCCUCCUAAAAACAAACAUUAAAUUUUUUUAAAUUUAAAUUGAAGUGUAUUGAAAUCCAAAUGGCAAAAUAAACUUAUUUAAAAAAUGCUUUGUCACAUCUUGCCUAUAUUAGCAUACAUUUUGCCUUUCAUAUUUACACUUGCUAUCGUUUGGAGAAGAGGGAGGAAAACCUUAGUCAAUAUGUAUUAUCAAAAGAACUCCAUACAUUUGUUAUGCUACAUAGUACAUAAAAAGUAUUCAAAUUUAUACUAACUACCCACUCCCAUGAGUGUGGUGGAUACAGGCACACCUUUUGGUUAUGGUUUGAAUGCUCAUGUCAGUGCUUCCAGAGUGCAAGUGUUGUAUAUUCAUCUAUCUCAUCUUCAAGCAUGCAAAUAAGAUUAUUGCCAGCAUAUAUACAGUUGCAAGAAAAAGGAUGUGAACCCUUUGGAAUGAUAUGGAUUUCUGUACAAAUUGGUAAUAAAAUGUGAUCUGAUCAUCAUCAUCUAAGUCACAACAAUAGACAAUCACAGUCUGCUUAAACUAAUAACACCCAUUAUUGAACACACCAUGUAAACAUUCACAGUGCAGGUGGAAAAGGUAUGUGAACCCUUGGAUUUAAUAACUGGUUGAACCUCCUUUGGCAGCAAUAACUUCAACCAAACGUUUCCUGUAGUUGCAGAUCAGGCGUGCACAACGGUCAGGAGUAAUUCUUGACCAUUCCGCUUUACAGAACUGUUUCAGUUCAGCAAUAUUCUUGGGAUGUCUGGUGUGAAUCGCUUUCUUGAGGUCAUGCCACAGCAUCUCAAUCGGGUUGAGGUCAGGACUCUAACGGGGCCACUUCAGAAGGCGUAUUUUCUUCUGUUUAAGCCAUUCUGUUGUUGAUUUACUUCUAUGCUUUGGGUCAUUGUCCUGUUGCAACACCCAUCUUCUGUUGAGCUUCAGCUGGUAGACAGAUGGCCUUACGUUCUCCUGCAAAAUGUCUUGAUAAACUUGGGAAUUCAUUUUUCCUUCGAUGAUAGCAAUCUGUCCAGGCCCUGAAGCAGCAAAGCAGCCCCAAACCAUGAUGCCCCCACCACCAUACUUCACAGUUGGGAUGAGGUUUUGAUGUUGGUGUGCUGUGCCUUUUUUUCGCCACACAUAGUGUUGUGUGUUUCUUCCAAACAACUCAACUUUGGUUUCAUCUGUCCACAGAAUAUUUUGCCAGUACUGCUGUGGAACAUCCAGGUGCUCUUGUGCAAACUGUAAACGUGCAGCAGUGUUUUGUUUGGACAGCAGUGGCUUCCUCUGUGGUAUCCUCCCAUGAAAUCCAUUCUUGUUUAGUGUUUUACGUAUUGUAGAUUCGCUAACAGGGAUGUUAGCAUUUGCCAUUGAUUUUUGUAGGUCUUUAGCUGACACUCUAGGAUUCUUCUUCACCUCAUUGAGCAGUCUGCGCUGUGCUCUUGCAGUCAUCUUUACAGGACGGCCACUCUUAGGGAGAGUAGCAGCAGUGCUGAACUUUCUCCAUUUAUAGACAAUUUGUGUUACCGUGGACUGAUGAACAGCAAGGCUUCCAGAGAUACUUUUAUAACCCUUUCCAGCUUUAUGCAAGUCAACAAUUAAUCGUAGGUCUUCUGAGAGCUCUUUUCUGCGAGGCAUCAUUCACAUCAGGCAAUGCUUCUUGUGAAAAGCAAACCCAGAACUGGUGUGUGUUUUUCAUAGGGCAGGGCAGCUGUAACCAACACCUCCAAUCUCAUCUCAUUGAUUGGACUCCAGUUGGCUGACAUCUCACUCCAAUUAGCUCUUGGAAAAUUUCAUUAGUCUAGGGGUUCACAUACUUUUUCCACCUGCACUGUGAAUGUUUACAUGGUGUGUUCAAUAAAAACAUGGCAACAUUUCAUUCUUUGUGUGUUAUUAGUUUAAGCAGACUGUGAUUGCCUUUUGUUGUGACUUAGAUGAUGAUCAGAUGACAUUUUAUCACCAAUUUGUGCAGAAAUCCAUAUCAUUCCAAAGGGUUCACAUACUUUUUCUUGCAACUGUACAUAUGUGGCCCAUAUGCAGCCUCAACCACCCAUGCAUACAAGGUGAUCAGUUAUAAAGGAUAUGUGGGUGACUGACGUUUUCAAUACUCUAUAUGUUUGCCAACUGUUUUAACAGAAAAAAAUUGUGAAUUCUGAAUAAAUCAUUUAUAAACCAGGUGUUGCAGCAUUCAUUUUAUAUUAAAUUGUAACAAUUUAAAAAAAACAUUUGUUGUGAAUUUCAGGAAACAGAAUCUGAAGCGAAGACAGAUGGAGAGACGGCCUCAGAUUGUGAAAGUAAGACAGACACUGGGGGGACCCUGCAAGGGACUCCUACUGAUGACACACCAGAGGUCCUCAAUCGGGCUCUGUCAAACAUGUCAUCCAGGUAACGUUUUGCACCAUCUUGCUGACAUCACAAAUAUUAUAGCUCACUUUUAUAUAGUUGACACCUUCAUAUGCUGUAAAUCAUUGCAUUAUAGGCCUUCAAGUCUAUUGGCUUUGAUGACACUAUGAAAGCACAACCAAUGGAUAGAAUCUGAGAAUAGACACAAAAAAAAUAUUGUGGAAGAUCAGAUAUAAGUAAGCGUUCAGGAUGAUGGAAAAGUGAGGAACAGCAACGGUUUGAUAAAAAAAAAGAGCAUUCAGAGGUGGAUUAUGGGUUUCAAACUGCUGUAAUAGUUUUGUAACUGUAGGGUCAUACUAUAUUUUAUAAAUAUAAAUAUAUAUGCUUCCAAUAUUAUAUGCUUUCAAUAUCUGCUAUAUAAAAAAGUUGGCCACUAAGGAAUUGAGUAAAUUAAAUUGUGUAUAGCUCUGUGAACAUUACCAAAAACUCAAUGCAAAUAGAUAUUUCCCAAUACAAGAGCAUCCUUCGUAUUGUUAAUAUGUUGCAAAUGUUCGCUGACUGGUUCUCUGUGGCUGACUGCUCUGUAAGCAGAUUAGUAAAAUCACUGUUGUUGCUAGAUGCAUCUGGCAGAAUCUCCAAUGAAUUGUUGUUUGGGGGAGGGGGGACUAUUUUUCUGAUGGUUAGUGAAAAGCCUUAAAGGAACACUCUAACAUUAAAAAUAUAUUGUUAAGCUUACUGCCCCCCUUUGUUAAAAAAAAAAAAAAAAAAGUUUACAAAAGUUAUUAAAUUUACCUGUAAUCCAGACCCGAGACAGUCCCUCACCCAUAUGAGAUUGGCAAUUCUGGUUGUGUCUGGCCUUAUCAAAUGGGUCUUAUUGAGUUGCAUGGAGGAUCUUUGUGCAUGUGUACUGCAAUCGCCGCACUCCAAUCCAGUAUUUUGAAGAUCUUAAGCAGGGGUGGAUCUAUGGGGGACAUCAGGGCAAGUCGUCGUCCUCCAUCCCAAGAAGCCAGCUUAUAUGUGCAGAUACAUCUUUUAUCUAUAUAUUACAGCAGCAGUGUUUUUUUGUUUAAAUCAUAGCACCUAGUUCAGCUGCUGCCCACAUUUCCUCCUCCCUACCGUGGCCAUAAUACAAUGGGGGUUAUCGCCCUGCAGUCCCCUCUCAGGUUCUCCAACUAGAGCAGCAUUCUGACUAGCUGCAGGAAACAAAGCCAACACCUAAGCUCUGCCCCUUAGCUUCAACCAGGUGGUCUAGCUGGCAGGACAGUUCUGCGGAGCAUUCAUGGGGCAACUUCUAGCUCUCCACCCACUGCAAGAGGUAAGUGACAGUCAUUUUGUUAGUGUUAGUGCAAAUAAUCUACCAGUGCCCCUGCCGACAUUAGGUUCUGGAACCACCCCUGAUCUUAAAGGACCACUAUAGGCACCCAGACCACUUCAGCUUAAUGAAGUGGUCUGGGUGCCAGGUCCUUCUAGGGUUAACCCUUUUUUUUUUUUUAUAAACAUAGCAGUUUCAGAGAAACUGCUAUGUUUAUGUUAGGGUUAAUCCAGCCUCUAGUGGCUGUCUCUUGACAGCCGCUAGAGGCGCUUGCGUGCUUCUCACUGUGAUUUUCACAGUGAGAAGACGCCUGCGUCCAUAGGAAAGCAUUGUGAAUGCUUUCCUAUGGACUGGCUGAAUGCGCGCGCAGCUCCUGCCGCGCAUGUGCAUUCAGCCGAAGAGGACGAGAGGAAGAGGAGAGCUCCCCGCCCGGCGCUGGAGAAAGAGGUAAGUUUAACCCCUUCCCCUCCAUCCAGCCCGGCGGGAGGGGGUCCCUUAGGGUGGGGGCACCCUCAGGGCACUAUAGUGCCAUGAAAACGAGUAUGUUUUCCUGGCACUGUAGUGGUCCUUUAAGGAAGAAAGGCCUCUAGUGGCUGUCUGUCUGUCAGUCACAAGAUGCAUUAUCUCUGCCAAAUGUGAACAUUGCUGAUUCUCAGAAAUAUAAAUAUUUUAAAUUGUCCAGGAAAAGGUACAGCAUCAUUUAAGAUGUAAUGUAUUUUGUGCUUAGAUUUUCCUGUUAGUUUGGUGUGGCUGCCUUGCUCAUAUUUUCCAGACAUCUAUAAAUUCCACAUGCUGUUGGGAGUACAGUUACAAUUAUAUACAUAGUGCCAACAUAUUCUGCAGCGCUGUGCAACAGGUAAACAAAACAGAUACUAAAUUGUAACAAAACAUGAUUGACAUACUGGAACUGUAGAUGAAGGGGACCCUGCUCAAACGAGCUUACAAUCUACAGGUGCAUAAAAAGUGCUACCCGGCUAGAAGAGGGGGUUUUAUCAGAGUCUAUACCGAUGUCUAAACUACAAUUGGAUGAAUACUUACAAAAAUAAAAUAUUCAGGGAUAUAAAUUGAAAUUAGUGUGGUAAUAGCUUCAUGAUCCACGGCCAUUCUGGGGUCAAGAAGGAAUUUUUUCCUAGUUUGUUGCAAAAUUGGAAGUGCUUCAAAUAGGUUUUUUUGCCUUCUUUUGGAUCAACAGCAAAAACAGAUAUGAGAAAACCUGAACUUUUAUAGACACGUCUCUUUUCAGCUAUGUAUUUACGUAAAUACAUAAUAUGUGAUAGGUUGUUGAUCCAAAGAGAAAUUUAUUUAUAGAGUCAAGAAGUAAAUUAUUUUCCAAUUUUUGUAGCAUAAUUGGCUUUCGCUUCAAAUUGGGUGGUGUUUCUUUGGAAUGAUUGAAAGAACAGCAUAGGAGGAUGUGUUGUAAAGGCUGAACAUGAAGCACUAUAUUUUAACGUAUAGGAUGAAAAAUAUAAUUAACCCGGAAAUGUAAAAUGUUAACCCAAAAAGUGUCUGAGAAUUUGUCCACUUUGUAAUUGACUAUGAAAUUCAAAAUUUAAGGUCGAAAUUGCUGGACAGCACCCGUUUGGUUACGAACAUGGCUAAAUCGUUUUAUUUAUUUAAUUUUGAAUCAGAAAUAAUUUUUGGAUUUGUAUAUGAUUUUGUACAAUAUUAAAAUUUUCACAUGAGCUGUAUCACAAAUGCUUGUUUUAGAAUUUGGAAUGUUAAGACAAACACUGCCUUUAACCUGCUGUAAUUUUCAUAUGAACCUUUUUCUUUUGUGCUCUGGAAAAUGUUUGCUACUUCCUGACGGAAGUACUUAUCUCCCAUCUCCAAAAUUAGAUCCCCUUGUGUAUUCCUUAUUCUGCACAGUGUAACAUUAUAAACAGGCAGCUUAAUUUCCUUUUAAAAGACUGUGAACUUUUAAAACCAUAUUAAACAACAGUAGGUGGCUAAUUGUGAAAAAACUUCAGUGAGUAAAUCCAGCUCCAGUAAUUCACAAACAAAAUAUUUAAAUGUAUUUUAAACUUGCAUUCAAGAAUUAGAAUUUAUGUUUAUGUCAAUGAUUUUCUUUACUGAUAGUUUUAGCAUUUCAAAGCAGCUCCAGUGUGUUGAGCUAUACAAAAGAGAGAUAAUGUAAGUGAGGAAAUAAAUGAUUAUUCCACAAAGUAACACACAUAUAAAUAGCAGGAUGUGCAUGUAAAAGAGAAAAUUAAGAAUCCAUGAUACUAUAGUAUAGAUUAUUGAAUUCUUGCACACCAAAGUGUAAAAUUUACAGGAUUGCAAUCUUGCUAGCGGAAUCCUAUGUGACAGUAUUUCUGUAACUAUCAGAACCUAGCUCUCACACUCACCUACCUCACGCUCCCAAGCCGCGUCUCUCUUUCACUCCACGAGGACGCCGUGUCGGAGAGCGACCCUCCAGGUCGGUUCAAUCACCCACACCGACUGCUCACGUUCAUGCGAAUGGCACCUCUGUUCGCAUGAACGGCACUUACCCAAUACAGAAGAAAGGACUCCAUGCGAAUGAACGCCACCUCAUGCGAAUGCUACUCACCUAUACUGCAGACAGAACUCCGUUUGUACGGACGCCGGCUUCCGAACACAGCACGAACAGAAGUCUGUUCAUAGGAACACCACUGCUUCCAUGUACGUCCACACAGAAAGUAGUACUUCAGGAGAAUCAAAGGGAACGUGCGCCCCGACACAGAGCCAUUUAAAGGUACAUUAGGUGGAGACCAGGGUGGAACCUCAAUUAAGAAGACCACACAUUUACCCUAUUUAACCCCUUAAGGACCAAACUUCUGGAAUAAAAGGGAAUCAUGACACGUCACACAUGUCAUGUGUCCUUAAGGGGUUAAGUAGCACACACCCUUCACUCUUCGCUCAGUUGUACUGUGCUCCUGAUUGUGCAAAGACUUUCAGAGACUCUCCUGUUGUAUCCUGAUCCUGUUCCUGAUUUUGACCCUUGCCUAUAUUAUCGCUUCUGAAUCUGUGCCGCCUGUCCUGACCUUUGGCUUCCCCGACUAUUCUCUUUGUCUGAUCUUUUGGUACUGUGAGCUUGGUUCAUUGCCUUCAACAUCUAUCUGCAUCUAGGGCUCUGACAACUAAACUGUGUUCCCAACAGUAACAGUGUAAUCAACAAAAGGUUUACUAACUCAUGAUCAUAAAUGAAGUGAAAAGAAAAUUGAUAGAAUGUAUUAAAACAGUCUAUUUCGCAUAGAAAACGUGUGUACUCACACUAUAACAACAACCUAAACCUGCCAUAAGAACAUAUAAUUAUAAUAUCACUAACCACUUGCAAGAAAUCUCCAGAACCACUUGCAAGGGUUCUUUCCUCUGCAUUUUCAUCUGAAGAAAUACUGAUUCUGGGAAUUGAAGCAAAGAGUAAUUCCAGAAAAGCAAAGUCCAUUUUUGCUGUUCUUAAUCUGUAAGCUUUGAGCUUUUUUGCAGCUGCUUCCCUGUUCACUCCUGGAUUGCCACCAAUAGCUAGAUGGCAUUGCCAAUAGUCUUUCUAUGUUCCGCCGCAAAACUAUGGUCUUGAUUUAAUAUUGUUUGAUAAGCUUUCCUAAUGACUUAGAAUUUUGGAUAAACUUUUUUUAUAUCAAAUGAUUAAAUAUAAAAUAAUAGAUUAAAAUAUUACAUUACAAAAUGUUAAUUAUUUUCAUAAUAUUAAAUAAUGUUUAAAGUUUUUCAAACAAUAUAUAAAAUCAUCUGGAAAGCUUUUCCAACAAUAUUACAUAUAGGCCUAUAUUAUAAUAGUUUGAUCUAACUCUAAGACUUUAAAGAAAAGGGAAAAGAAAGCAACUAUGAAAUCUUCAAUCAUAAUACCAUACAGACAAAAUGUUGCAAUGACAUAGAACCCAAUGUUUCAGCACUGUAAGAUGUAAAUAUUCCAAUCUCCAGUGGCAGGCAAUGCCCUGAUCAUGUGAAGACCAAAAAAAAAAACCCCACCCUUUCUCAUUUUGAGUUGUGAGUAUAUUUGUUAGAAAAAAUAAAAACAAACAAAUUAUUUAAAUUUGUGAGGAGAAAAAAAUAAUAAAAACUGCAUUACUUUCUUUUUUGCUAGUGGUCUGUGUUACUAAGCAAGUUUGGGGAAUGUAUAUCCUCAGGAUGAGGAGAAACCCCAAAUUGGUCCAGUCUUCUAUUGAUCAGACUUUAAAGGUGAAACCGGAUAUAACGCAUUUUCUUACACUAUAGGCUAUAUUUAAAAGCAUAUAAAAAUCCUCCAGUGAUACUUAUCAAAUUUACAGCAACCUUUUUAGAAACAGUAUGGCCAUUUGCAUUUUCACUUAUUUUGUUAAUUUAUUUUGGUGAAUCUAAGGAUAGCUAACACAUUUUAUUUUUAUUUGGAACACUUAGUUAUUUCUCAAACUUUACCUUUUUGAAAUGUAAUUUGUUUAGCCUGCUUUUCUCUUAAGAUUAAUCUACUUCCAGCAUUAUCCAGGUUUAAUUAUUUUACGUCUUGUUUUUGGUUUUAGGUGGAAGAAUUGGUGGAUUAGAGGCAUCCUUACACUUGCUAUGAUCUCCUUUUUCUUUUUCAUCAUCUACUUGGGACCAAUUGUGCUUAUGAUGAUUGUAAGUUUUGAAAUGAGAGUUGGAUGAGUACUAUAUUUGUGGACUUUGCUAAUGGGACUAGGUGAUGGUUAUUAACAGCACAUUUACACCUUCUCUUCUGCAGGUGAUGUGUGUGCAAAUCAAGUGUUUUCAGGAAAUUAUCAUGAUCGGUUACAAUGUCUACCAUUCCUAUGAUCUGCCCUGGUUUCGCACGCUCAGUUGGUAAGUAUUGAGUUUAUUGGUAUAUGUAUGACCGGUUAGGUGAAAUAUAUGAAAUAAUAUUGUUUAAUUGUAGGAUGAGGGGAGCCAUAUUGUUUUACACUAUGCAUUUGUUGUAAACUACAUAAUCUCAGGAAAAGCUCAAAGGUGCUGAUAUAAAAGGUUUUCCCCCUGUAUCUUGUGGAAAUAGAGUAAAUUUAGUUUUCCAGAACAAUAAAAUAUAAAAACGCUAAGCACCAAAACGUUAUCUUCUUGAAGUAGUUUUAGUGUAUAGAUCAUGCCCCUGCAGGCUCUCUGCUCAAUUCUCUGUCAUUUCAAGGUAAAUCACUUUGUUUAUGCAGCACUAGCCACACCUUCCCUAGCUGUGAUUCACUUACCCUCCCUUCACACAUCCUUAAUAAGAGCCAAAGUUCUGAUGCUUCCUUAUUGCACAGUAUGGUUAAUAAUCUCGUAUGUCUUGCUCCAUUAUUGUCCUUUUAGAGCUUGCAGCAUCCUCCUGGGUGUGAUUGAAGUUUAAAUAACAGAGCAGAAGAUGAGAUCUUCUAACGUAAAUUAAACAAACUAUGUUGUAAGAUCUGAUUGAAAAUGUAACCAUUUUUUCAUGCAGGCGGUGUCAGUUACAGUCAAGGGAGGUGUGGCUAGGGCUGCAUAAACAGAAACAAAAGUGAUCUUCUAACGGCACCCCCAGGCAAAAAAGGGGUUAAAAGCCGGAACCAAAAAGUAUGCAUCACAUUCACAUACACUUACAUUUUCAGAAUCAGCAUACUCCAAAUACAAACAUACGUCAAAAUCAUACAAAUUGGUCCAGUGGUUCAAAAGAUAGAUCGUAGUCCUUUGUGACCAAAUGAAGCAUGGCUUUUCUGCCCAAAACCAGUUCCACAGAGUCUUCUAUCCUGGAGAUAAUUAGGAAGUAAUCCAAUUAUCUCCAAGGACAGAGGCAAAACUCCAUUGAACACAUGGCAGCAAAAGACAAUAAAAUACAUAAAAAUAUAUAACUGUGCAGCCAUUGCAUAAAACAGGUACAUUCAACAUAUCCCCAGAUAGCUCAGAUCUGAGCGCACAUUAUUACUGAAUGGCGUUCAGAUCACACACAUACAGUUCAAUUGCCAUUGAGCCAAAGUCUUUCCCAUAGUCUUUCAUUAUACGAAUGGGCUCCAAGGCAUAGCUGUCAGGAUUACUGUUUGAUCCAGCACGUAGAACUGUACAGCACGGAUGACAAAUAAGUAACGUAUUACCGGUCCUUAGAAUGGCCGGAUUUAACAUACAAAGAAUAGUCAAAAAUACUAGCCGAGGUCAGGGAACACAGAAAGGGACACAGCGAUGAGGAAGGCCAGGAGUCAGGAUACCAGAAUAUAGAGAAGUCAAUAAACAAAGCCAAAGUCAAAAACCAGGUAGAAAACUAUAAACAGGAACGCGCUCUCAGACAACCACAAGGGAAACCACGACAGGGCACUCAGCAGGCUGAGAACUGGGCCUAAAUACCCCUCCUUUAGUUCUGAUAGGCUGUAACCGGCCUUUGACCCCAAAGUCAGUUACCAGGUUUCAUUUGCAUAAUUGCUGCUCAACAUUAACCCUUCUAUGGAUUAGGUUGCUGCUCGGCACAACUUUUCCUGUGUGGACAGUAAAUGUCAUUAAUCACUUUUCUCUAAGCGGAUGAAUACAUGACACCAGGUUUCAUUUGCACAAUUACUGCUCAGCAUUAACCCCUCUGUGGAUUAGGUUGCUGCUCGGCACAACUUUUCCUGUGUGGACAGUAAAUGUCAUUAACCACAUUUCUAUAAGCGGAUGAAUAUGUGACAAUAGCUAUCUGAGGUAUCACCGCUCAAACAGGGCAAGCACCGAAUGACCCGGCUUUCGAGUCUUUGCAGGGGAAAAUCAAGCGUUUCAACAUGGGGCCAUAGUCUAAAGGCAGCAGGCGGGCAACCAGGCUCCUCCAAUGCACAGUGGCGAGAUUGGUCUUGUCACAGAUCUAAUGCCUAAAUGAGAGAGAUUUGAGCAGUGAGACUGCUGGCCCAUGAUGUAUACACCAAAACUGCUUCAUUAAGCCAGAUGUUGUUUUGGUGCUUUGAAUAUUCCUACAAAUGCAGUUUAUAUAUAUAUAUAUAUAUAUAUAUAUAGAGCGCUUUCAAAAGACUAUUCAGCCUUUCGGUGCUACUAAAGUGAACAAGUUGUUCCAAUAAAUUGUAUUACUUCAUUGCCAUUUGUAUUCUACAGGUACUUUCUGCUGUGUGUGAAUUACUUUUUCUAUGGAGAGACUGUCACGGAUUACUUUUUCACACUGGUCCAGCGAGAGGAACCCUUGAGAAUUCUCAGCAAAUACCAUCGCUUCAUCUCCUUUGCUUUCUAUCUAAUCGGUAAAUUCUGUUAAUGUUUCCCUUCUGGGUUUUUCCUUGAUUGUGUUUCAUUAUUAUGUAUAAGGCUUGAAUGUUUCUUUGUUCUGAGAACUACUUUCUGGAAUUGGCAGUUCCCUUUUCCUUUACCCAUGGCAGCAUGUACUAAAAUAAAGAGUACACUUCAGGCAUUUUGCAUUUCAUGUUCAGGGUGAUAUCUUUGACAACAAUUCCAUUUUAAAUAUUGCAUGCAGUGCAAUUAUGCAGGUUUUAUAAUUUCUUUCCAAACAACACUUUCAGGUAAUUGCUCCAACGCAAUUACAGAAUAGUGCAAACUGAUCGAACGCCCGCCUAGAGAACAGGUUGAAUAAUGGAACAUAAUGGGAUGAUUUAGUAUUUUAGUUGCUAAACAUUCUGCUAGAAUGAAAGAUCACAUGUCCCAAUAUAGUAGCCUGAGUCAUAACAUCCAAUAUACUGCCUAAGAGCAAACUUUAAAUCGAUAUAUGAUUGGAAUCAUUAUCUGUUCUGCUAUUUGUGUAGCAGGAUUUCGGGGAUGCAAACAUAAGUGAUCGUUCCUGAUGCAUUCAUUUGCUAUGUCACCACUGUGCAGUCAUAUACCACAGUCAUUGUACUGCAGUUAUUUACAUGUACUUUGUAACUCACGUACACAUUUUUGAGAGAGAAAAAAAACAAUUUGUUGCUAUGAAUUUGGCGGAAAUUGUGUCAUUUCAGGUUCUGUAGAUUAUAUCCGGAGAAUAUAUCUGCAAAAAGGGCAGUGCUUUUAAAAGAGCACAUUUACUUAUAAGGCUUGCUGCAUUCAGCACAUAUUAAUGUGAGCCUAUCACAUUUCAGCUUUGUGACAUGUUUUAGAAAGUUUCAGACAUUCACUUCCUGUCAGGAAGUUAAACGGUACAGGUGUAUGCCCACGUGUUUGGUUUUCUCUCACUCAAAUAGUAAACGUUAUGUAUAAUGUCUGCACCAAUAUUUUUCAUCGUCUGUGCCGCAUCUUUCCUAUUUGAGCCCUUCAUGACCGAUUAUUCCUCACCUCUUUUUCAUUGUGGGUCUGUCAAAGAAAAGAUGCCCUGUUUUCUAACUGUAAGACUUUAAAGGGGAAAUAAAUAAAUAAAUAAAGCUACUAUGAAAUCUACAAUCAUAAUACCAUCUGUAGACAUAAUGUAGCUCUGAAAGAGAACACAAUGCCUCAGAACAAUAAGGUGUAAAUGUUACAGCCUCCAGUGGUAGACAGUGCCCUGAUCAUGUGAAGACAAAAAAAAAAAAAAUACUCUCAUUUUGAGUUGUGAGUAUAUUGAGUGGCACAUUUUCUGAAACAGAUCUUCCAUUUUCAUUAAGGAAUUAAAAAAAAAAAGCACUUUGCAAUUAUGGAAAUUGGGACAUUCCACGGUGAAGAAUCCCCUGCUCAAUUGAGCUUACAAUCUAUGAGAAUUUUAGGUAGGCGUAUAUUUAAUGUUGGAUUUCUUACCCAAGGUCACUUACUGGUAAGGGUCUAAGGCAUUACCAGUCAGUAUGAUCUGGGGAAAAAGGGAGCAAAAAUUCUGAAAAAUAAAUAAUAAAUGGCAGAAAGAUGGAUUAUUUUUUCUCACUACAGAAAAAGGCAGAAUAAAAAAAAAAUCCUCAAUGUAUAAAGGUGCACAGUGAAUAUGACAUUAAUUAUACAUAACUUCCUAUGUUUAAUGAUGUGCUGAUGAGGAUAUUGUUCUGUGUUUAUUUAUAUGCUGAUGAGUAUACGGUUCUGGGUGAUCAGAAUAUGGUUCUGUGCCUGUUCCCACGCAGAUCGGGAUAUGGUUCUGUGCCUGUUCCCUCACUGAUCAGGAUAUGGUUCUGUGCCUGUUCCCACGCUGAUCAGGAUAUGGUUCUGUGCCUGUUCCCACACUGAUCAGGAUAUGGUUCUGUGCCUGUUCCCUCACUGAUCCGGAUAUGGUUCUGUGCCUGUUCCCUGUUCCCACACUGAUCAGGAUAUGGUUCUGGGCCUGUUCCCACACUGAUCAGGAUAUGGUUCUGGGCCUGUUCCCACACUGAUCAGGAUAUGGUUCUGUGCCUGUUCCCACACUGAUCAGGAUAUGGUUCUGUGCCUGUUCCCACACUGAUCAGGAUAUGGUUCUGUGCCUGUUCCCACACUGAUCAGGAUAUGGUUCUGUGCCUGUUCCCGCACUGAUCAGGAUUUGGUUCUGUGCCUGUUCCCGCACUGAUCAGGAUUUGGUUCUGUGGCUGUUCCCAUACUGAUCAGGAUAUGGUUCUGUGCCUUUUCCCAAACUGAUCAGGAUAUGAUUCUGUGUCUGUUCCCACACUGAUCAGGAUAUGUUUCUGUGCCUGUUCCCACACUGAUCAGGAUAUGGAUCUGUGCCUGUUCCCACACUGAUCAGGAUAUGGAUCUGUGCCUGUUCCCACACUGAUCAGGAUAUGGAUCUGUGGCUGUUCCCAUACUGAUCAGGAUAUGGUUCUGUGCCUUUUCCCAAACUGAUCAGGAUAUGAUUCUGUGCCUGUUCCCACACUGAUCAGGAUAUGUUUCUGUGCCUGUUUCCACACUGAUCAGGAUAUGGAUCUGUGCCUGUUCCCACACUGAUCAGGAUAUGGUUCUGUGCCUGUUCCCUCACUGAUCAGGAUUUGGUUCUGUGCCUUUUCCCACACUGAUCAGGAUAUGGUUCUGUGCCUCUUCCCUCACUGAUCAGGAUUUGGUUCUGUGCCUUUUUCCACACUGAUCAGGAUAUGGUUCUGUGCCUUUUCCCACACUGAUCAGGAUAUGGUUCUGUGCCUUUUCCCACACUGAUCAGGAUAUUGUUCUGUGCCUGUUCCCUCACUGAUCAGGAUAUGGCUCUGUGCUUGUUUCUAUACUGUUCAGGAUAUGGUUCUGUUCCCACGCUGAUCAAGUUAUGUUCUGUGCCUAUUUCUACACUGUUCAGGAUAUGGUCUUGGGUCUGUUCUCCUGCUGAUCAGGAUGUGGUUCUAGAUUUGUUUCUCUGCUGAUCAGGAUAUGGUUCUGUGCCUGUUCCUACACUGAUUAGGAUAUGGUUCUGUGCAUGUUCCCUCACUGAUCAGGAUAUGGUUCUGUGCCUGUUGCCACACUGAUCAGGAUAUGGUUCUGUGCCUGUUCCCACACUGAUCAGGAUAUGGUUCUGUGCCUGUUCCCGCACUGAUCAGGAUUUGGUUCUGUGCCUGUUCCCGCACUGAUCAGGAUUUGGUUCUGUGGCUGUUCCCACACUGAUCAGGAUAUGGAUCUGUGCCUUUUCCCACACUGAUCAGGAUAUGGUUCUGUGCCUGUUCCCACACUGAUCAGGAUAUGGUUCUGUGCCUGUUCCCUCACUGAUCAGGAUAUGGUUCUGUGCCUGUUCCCACACUGAUCAGGAUAUGGUUCUGGGCCUGUUCCCACACUGAUCAGAAUAUGGUUCUGUGCCUGUUCCCGCACUGAUCAGGAUUUGGUUCUGUGCCUGUUCCCGCACUGAUCAGGAUUUGGUUCUGUGGCUGUUCCCAUACUGAUCAGGAUAUGGUUCUGUGCCUUUUCCCAAACUGAUCAGGAUAUGAUUCUGUGUCUGUUCCCACACUGAUCAGGAUAUGUUUCUGUGCCUGUUCCCACACUGAUCAGGAUAUGGAUCUGUGCCUGUUCCCACACUGAUCAGGAUAUGGAUCUGUGCCUGUUCCCACACUGAUCAGGAUAUGGAUCUGUGGCUGUUCCCAUACUGAUCAGGAUAUGGUUCUGUGCCUUUUCCCAAACUGAUCAGGAUAUGAUUCUGUGCCUGUUCCCACACUGAUCAGGAUAUGUUUCUGUGCCUGUUUCCACACUGAUCAGGAUAUGGAUCUGUGCCUGUUCCCACACUGAUCAGGAUAUGGUUCUGUGCCUGUUCCCUCACUGAUCAGGAUUUGGUUCUGUGCCUUUUCCCACACUGAUCAGGAUAUGGUUCUGUGCCUGUUCCCUCACUGAUCAGGAUUUGGUUCUGUGCCUUUUUCCACACUGAUCAGGAUAUGGUUCUGUGCCUUUUCCCACACUGAUCAGGAUAUGGUUCUGUGCCUUUUCCCACACUGAUCAGGAUAUUGUUCUGUGCCUGUUCCCUCACUGAUCAGGAUAUGGCUCUGUGCUUGUUUCUAUACUGUUCAGGAUAUGGUUCUGUUCCCACGCUGAUCAAGUUAUGUUCUGUGCCUAUUUCUACACUGUUCAGGAUAUGGUCUUGGGUCUGUUCUCCUGCUGAUCAGGAUGUGGUUCUAGAUUUGUUUCUCUGCUGAUCAGGAUAUGGUUCUGUGCCUGUUCCUACACUGAUUAGGAUAUGGUUCUGUGCAUGUUCCCUCACUGAUCAGGAUAUGGUUCUGUGCCUGUUGCCACACUGAUCAGGAUAUGGUUCUGUGCCUGUUCCCACACUGAUCAGGAUAUGGUUCUGUGCCUGUUCCCGCACUGAUCAGGAUUUGGUUCUGUGCCUGUUCCCACACUGAUCAGGAUAUGGUUCUGUGCCUGUUCCCGCACUGAUCAGGAUUUGGUUCUGUGCCUGUUCCCGCACUGAUCAGGAUUUGGUUCUGUGGCUGUUCCCACACUGAUCAGGAUAUGGAUCUGUGCCUUUUCCCACACUGAUCAGGAUAUGGUUCUGUGCCUGUUCCCACACUGAUUAGGAUAUGGUUCUGUGCCUGUUCCCUCACUGAUCAGGAUAUGGUUCUGUGCCUGUUCCCACACUGAUCAGGAUAUGAUUCUGUGCCUGUUCCCACACUGAUCAGGAUAUGGUUCUGUGCCUGUUCCCACACUGAUCAGAAUAUGGUUCUGCGCCUGUUCCCGCACUGAUCAGGAUUUGGUUCUGUGGCUGUUCCCAUACUGAUCAGGAUAUGGUUCUGUGCCUUUUCCCAAACUGAUCAGGAUAUGAUUCUGUGCCUGUUCCCACACUGAUCAGGAUAUGUUUCUGUGCCUGUUCCCACACUGAUCAGGAUAUUGAUCUGUGCCUGUUCCCACACUGAUCAAGAUAUGGUUCUGUGCCUGUUCCCUCACUGAUCAGGAUUUGGUUCUGUGCCUUUUUCUAACUGAUCAGGAUAUGGUUCUGUGCCUUUUCCCACACUGAUCAGGAUAUGGUUCUGUACCUUUUCCCACACUGAUCAGGAUAUUGUUCUGUGCCUGUUCCCUCACUGAUCAGGAUAUGGCUCUGUGCUUGUUUCUAUACUGUUCAGGAUAUGGUUCUGUUCCCACGCUGAUCAAGUUAUGUUCUGUGCCUAUUUCUACACUGUUCAGGAUAUGGUCUUGGGUCUGUUCUCCUGCUGAUCAGGAUGUGGUUCUAGAUUUGUUUCUAUGCUGAUCAGGAUAUGGUUCUGGGUCUGCAUCAAUGCUGAUGAGAAUAUGUGUCUGCUGCCACCGUUACUUAGCAGAUUUUUGUGAUGACCUGGUUGUUUAGUCUGAGUUACCUUCUGCACUACAGUCCUCCCACAUACUUAUGAGUUUUUUCUUAAUAGUCAAGACCUUUUCAGUGGUGGAUUUGAGGGGGUUAGUGAUGACUGCGUGCUAGCAAAAAAAACAUCUAUUUCAUUUUUGCUAGGUUCUGAAACUUUAGCAGUACCUGUUAUUGUGCCUAUGAUGAAAAGAAUCUCCCUAUAUUGCAUGAUAUUCAACAAUCCUCAAAGGACAAACCCCCAGAAUAUCAGUACAAUAAAAUGUAUGUGGGGGGCUUUAUUUCUUUGUCCUACCCCUCCACUCCAACCCCCACACCCCCCCACUAGUUAAUAUACAUUUUCAGCCAUAGCUCUUUUGGGGUGGGGGGUGGGGGCAUGUGGUCAGACUCUACUUUUAUAUAAUUUAUUAUUAUUAAAGGACCACUAUAGUGCCAGGAAAACAUACUCGUUUUCCUGGCACUAUAGUGCCCUGAGGGUGCCCCCACCCUCAGGGACCCCCUCCCGCCCGCCUCUGGAAAGGGGUAAAAACUUACCUUUUUCCAGCGCUGGGCGGAGAGCUCUCCUCUUCCGAUCCUCCUCCUCUCCGCCCAUUCGGCUGAAUGCGCACGCGCGGCAAGAGCUGCGCACGCAUUCAGCCGGUCGCAUAGGAAAGCAUUUACAAUGCUUUCCAAGGACGCUGGCGUCUUCUCACUGUGAUUUUUUUACAGUAAGAAGCACGCAAGCACCUCUAGUGGCUGUCAAUGAGACAGCCACUAGAGGAUUUGGGGGAAGGCUUAACCCAUUCAUAAACAUAGCAGUUUCUCUGAAACUGCUAUGUUUAUAAAAAAAUGGGUUAACCCUAGAAGGACCUGGCACCCAGACCACUUCAUUAAGCUGAAGUGGUCUGGGUGCCUAGAGUGGUCCUUUAACAUUGUUUCCUUGCUUUUUAUGUAUUCUAUGAGUGGUUGCAUAACCAAGUUCACUUUUCACUAGACUGUGAGAAGUCUCUAUCCUACAUUGUAUGUUUACAAAAAUGUGUGCCUCUGCAUUAGAACCUUGUAAUAUAAUCAUUUAUUGAGCUGUAUUCAUAAUUCUUUUUUUUUUUUUUAGGCUUCUGCAUGUUUGUUUUAAGCCUAGUGAAGAAGCACUAUCGCCUGCAAUUCUACAUGGUAAAUGUAUAAAUAUUAUCUUUUUUACAUACCACUGUACAAAUAACUAUCAGCCAUCCAUUUUACAGUUUAACAAACUACUUAGUAACAAUGCAUACACUCUCACACAAUUUGCAAAUAAUGAUUGAAUUAUUAACAUAUUAGUCGAAUGUCUUGUGUUAACUUGCUUUAAAAAAAAAAAGUAUAUUCUUUAUUUAUAGGGAUGGAACUGCAGUGUUUAGCAUUGCAGCACUAAGUGCAGUAGGGAUACUGCACCCAGACCAAUUCAAUCAGCUGAAGUGGUCUAGGUGCCUAUAGUGUUCCUUUAAAUUGUAAAAGCAAAAUGCAGAAAAAGGUUCUGAGCUUAGAUUGCAAGCAUGACACAUAUGCUCUGUAAACAUUUUAGCUCAAAUCAUGUUGGUGUUACUAAUUGGCCCUUUUUGGGCAUUCAACACAUGACGUUGCAGUACAAUAUCAUUAGAGAACAAUUGUUCAUAUUAACACCAGUGUAUUAGAACAAAGUAAAUAAGGUAAGUGAAAUAUUAAGUAAAAGGGAAUGAAAUAACUAUUUGACUUCUGAUGUUGGCCACAGAUUCUAAUUUGGUGAGCGGCAAUUUUUAACUAGGGCCUAUUAAACCUCCGAUAGAUGAAUUCUUAGCAGAGAUCAAAGGAGGUUUAUGGUUACGGGGAGGGAGAACUAUGUACAAAAAGCCACAUAAGGAAUAAAUGAUUGAGAAAGAAAUAAGUAAAGAAAGAUUGGACAGAUAACGGGAAGAGACUGCGCAUCCAGGUAUACGCCAGAGAGAAUGAAAAAGAAGAGGUGAUAGGGAAAGAUUGGUAAAUGUGCUUGUGAUUCAUAUACUUGCUGUAAUAAGAAUAUUCCAAUUAUAUGAAAUAUCAAAUUCAAGUUGCAUCCUUAUGUCUCCAUUCAGCCACAUUACCAUACCUUGUGGAAUGAUUUGGGUGAAUCAUGUAUUUGGGAGGAGUGGGUCACAUAGCAUCUAAGUAGCAUAUUUUAUGCUUGCUCUUUGUGUGUGACACACAUAGUGAGUGUGUAUAUUGCUUACCAUAUAUCUGACCAGUCAUUGGGCUCCUCUGGGGGCCCCAAAUCUGCUUCCCAAGCUGCAGUGUACAGCAAGUGUGUAGUCAAUGUUGUAUAUAGGGUUGAAAUCUCGUCUUUCUGUUUCGGGUUGCCAAGCAAGCAUGCUCAAAUUCUGUAGAUGGGGCAGUGCCUGCCUGACAAAUCACUGGAGUUGAGGACAAGCUAUGGAGUUGCAUAUAGCGAAAGAAGUUGAAAGUUGUUAGUGAAGAGGAAUUGAGUAAGUCAGCAUAGACUAUUAUACAAUUUUGAGUCUUGUGAUAUCUCCAUCUUCAGAGCUAGCAAAAUGUUUAGGGUGUAGACCAGGUGGAAAUAAGUUGUUUGUUAACACUUGUUUUUAAGACUGUUCAUCUGCCAUUACUUAGUCAACUGGUUAGCACAGAGUAGAAAUAUGUAUAUACAAUAUAAAAACGACGUUCCCUCUAUUGUAAUAAAACCUGAUUUUAUUAAAGACACGGAGGCUCAUAUUAUGCAUAACUCUUUCUUUAUUUCCUCAGCAGCAAAGAAAGAGAAAUAUAAAUAUUAUCAAAACUGAAGAAAAAACUGUAUAGGCACAACAGGUAGCCAAUCACAGGGUAUAGGAAGUAGCUAUAUAAGUCUUGUGUCUCCCACAAUCCCCCUCUUUCUUUGCUGCUUCCUCAGACAGAUAAGUGUUUUUCUGAUCUCUGGCUUGCAUUGUGAUUUCAUUUUGACUUGUCUUACAGUGUGUUUCUUUUUAUAUUUACAUGCUGUUUUGUUUUAUUAUUAUUUGAAUUUGUUUGUGCUGUUGUUUUAAUUUUUGUGUUUUCCUCGGCUGGUGUCUCCCCUCUGGGCCCGCGGGUGUGUCACUGCCCCGUCCGGGCGGUCCCCACCACCCCCCUCCUCUCUCUCCUCUCCUACCCGUGCUUCUACACGGGACCCGACCUGCUGUGCCGCGGCCGCGAUCUCCGCACGACCGCGGCGGUGUACACGCUUCUCUCCUCCCCCCUUACUCCAGAUAGCGUGUCGGCUCGGCGGGUGGGUGCACGAGCCCCUUCCCCUGCCGAGUGUUUCCUCGUGUGCCUUCCCUCGUGCGGCGGCCAUUUUGGGGGCGGUCUUUGUAUUCCUCCCAGUGCUGCCGUGCGACCGGCCACAUCGUAGCCCUGCUCCCUGGGGACACCAGCCAAAACGUUUGUUUUCUGUUUUUCUGUUUUCCUUGUGGGUUAAUCAACCCUUCCCUCUCUCUCCCAGCUAACACCCUGGUGUUAUUCAGCCUGAUUUGUUGUAGUCAGUUUCAUUGGCCCCUAUAUAAAUUUCCAUUGCAUUAAUUAUUAUUUUACUAUUUAAAUUCUCAUUGGUCUGUCUAUUCUGUCCCCCACUGUCACUACCAUGCAGGAUAGGGGUGAUGGGCCUGUUGGUCCCCCAGGGGACGUCCAAUUAGAUAAUACUGAUGGUGCCAUGGCCUCCCAAGAGUUUCAAGCCAUGUUAGAGGCCACUAUGGCUUCCUCCAUCCAGAAGGCUAUUGCCUCAGCCAUGGGAGCUGUCUCCUUAAAUUUUUCCCAGUCCCUGCACUCUCUUAUUUUACCUGCCAUGGCCACCCCUGCCCUCUCCCCUGCUCAAACCGUGCCUGGAGCCCGUAAGGCAAAGGCUAAAUCCAAACAUGUCGGCUCCCACUCCUCGAUGCAGGUUCUACCUGCCAUGACUGACACGCCUGAGGUGGUCUCAGAUGGCGCGCACCCCACGCGCAAAGGAGCCCCUGGCCGGGCUAAAAGGGCUAGAGCCCAUGAUAUUGGGUCGGAUACCGACCGGAGUGUGGAGGAUGAGUCCGACGCUAUGGAGUACGACUCCUUUGAUCAUGAUGAUUCUGGUGAGGAUUUGCCCCUUACGGGCGUGAACCCCUCCGGGUCCUCCGCCAAUACCCGGGGCCCCUCACUUGCUCCCCCGGGGGGUGACACCUCGAUCCUUGACCCACAGGGCAACCCCCUGUUUGACCCAGACGACCUACGUCAUCCUCGGUCCGCCGAGUGGGUUCCCCCAGAUCACAUCGCCCAAUAUGUGGCUAAGCGUAUCCGCACGCCACUUUCUAGGGAAGGCCGCAAUAAAUUGCGCGCCGAGUACCCACGCACGUCCCUCCCGGGCGCGGCUUGCAAAACCCCGGACAUUGACCCGCAAAUUGCUCAAUUCCUGAAUAAGUCAGGAUGGAAGCCCAAGAAGGGCCUUGACCACUCCCUUAAAAGCUGCCAGGACAAGAUCCUGGAUACCCUAGGCCCCCUUUCCAAGCUUUACGAGCUUUUGGAUGCUGCCAGGACCGGGGACUCCGUCCUGGACGUGGAUGUGGCCAUUGGUUGGGUCCAAAGAGCUAUUUGCUUACUGGGGAACGCCAAUACGGCCAUGUCUACAGAAAGACGCAAGGCGAUCCUCCUGAAGAUCGACCCUAAAUUGGCCGCUAUGACUGUGGCGGAGCCUGAUCCAACUGAGGAGGGUCUCCUGUUUGGCACGUCCUUCGUUAAGGAUAUGGGUGCUUAUGUCAAGACCUUUACGGCUAUUGACAAGGCACAGGCGAACAUGAAGCGCGUGUUCGCGCCUAAGGUUUUCGGAGGGGCCGGGCGUAGCAGGAACCGUCCACCCGGCCGUGGUUUCCGAGGCGCGUUCCGCGCAACCAGAGGUUCCUUCUUUCCCUCGAGAGGAUUUCAGGAACAGAGGGCCCCUCCCUUCUUCCCGGCAAGAGGUCGGGCCUGGGGUUCCAGAUACCCCCGCGGUGGUACCCCCGGCAGACGUCCUUACGGUGAGUACCCUUUCUUUCCCUCACGCUCAAGUUCGGGUGGCGGGGAGACUGGCCUUAUUUUGUCAAGAAUGGGCAAGGAUCACCUCAGAUGCUUGGGUUUUACAAUGUGUAAGGGGUUUUCGUCUGGAGUUUGUUUCCAUGCCUGUCCAGUUUUAUCCCCCCAGAGAACUGUCCCUCCCUCCGGAGCAGGACGAGGUGAUUUCCACGGAAGUGGUGGAGAUGCUGUCCAAGGGCGCUAUAGAGGAGUUGCCGUUCGCCGCCCCAGGCUUUACGAGCAAUUUAUUCCUAGUGCCCAAGAAAGGAGGCGGUGUUCGCCCUGUCAUAAAUCUUCGCCCACUCAACGCUUUUCUACGCUACCAACACUUCCAGAUGGAAGGUAUACACUGCCUCAGAGACCUCCUACGUCAAUCGGACUGGUUGGCCAAGCUGGACCUGAAGGACGCAUACUUUACGGUCCCCAUCGCUUUGGAGUUCCGGGAUUAUCUCCACUUCACCUGGCAUGGGCGUCGCUGGCGCUUCACCUGCCUGCCUUUCGGUCUCUCCUCGGCCCCUUGGUGCUUCACCAAGCUCAUGAAGCCCGUGGUGACAUUCCUCCGAACCCGGGGGGUUCGCCUCAUUGUCUACCUGGACGAUAUCUUGAUUUUAUCCCAGCCACGAGAGGAUCUCCUCACACACCUGGGAUGGACGACCGACCUUCUGCAGAAGUUGGGAUUUCUGAUCAAUUGGAGCAAGUCGGUCCUGGUCCCUGCCCAGUCCAUAGAGUUUCUGGGUUUUCAAGUGGAUUCCAUCCAACAGUUCCUGUUCCUCCCGGAUGCCAAGGUGAAAGCCAUCCAGAAGGAAAUUCGGAGAGCCCUCCGUGUUCCAGAUUUGUCGGUCAGACAACUGGCGAGAAUUAUCGGCCUUCUCGCGGCCUCUAUUCAAGCAAUCUUCCCAGGCCCCCUGCAUUACCGAGCGCUCCAACGGCUCAAGGGAUCACGACUUCGCUCCGGUCAUUCAUACGAAUCUCGGAUAACAUUAGACGAGGAGUCCAGGGACGAACUAGCGUGGUGGUUGGCGCACAUGGAGGCAUGGAACGGAAGAGCCAUCUUCGGUUCUGCCCCGGAUGUAGAUAGAGUCCGAUGCCAGCUUACACGGCUGGGGCGCUCGUUGUGGCAACGUCUCCACAGGAGGCAGGUGGUCCGACACAGAGAAGUCGUUACACAUCAACUGCUUGGAACUUCUGGCAGGUGCCUUCGCGAUCCGCAGCCUUGCUCCGGGGAGGGCGAAUUGUUGCGUUCUCCUCAAGAUGGACAACGUAUCAGCGGUUCGUUACAUAAAUCACCUAGGGGGCACGAAAUCCAAAAUGUUGGCGACUCUGUCAAAGGAAUUUUGGCAGUUCUGCCUCUACAACAACGUUUCGGUGACGGCGGAACACAUCCCAGGUCUGGACAAUUCGGGGGCGGAUUGGAAUUCCAGACACUUACGGGACUCCGGGGACUGGCAUCUACAUGCUUCAGUGUUCCGGUGCCUGAACAGGUUGUGGGGCCGGUUCCAGUUGGACCUAUUCGCGUCACGCCUGAACACUCAGCUACCGAGGUUCUACAGUUGGAGGCCGGACCCGGCUGCAAUAGCGACAGAUGCCUUCCUCCAGGAAUGGCCACCGGGUCUGAUGUACGCUUUUCCCCCAUUCAACAUGAUCGCACGCACGAUCUCGAAACUGGUCCGCCACGAUUGUCGGAUGGCUUUGAUCACCCCUCUAUGGAGGUCUCGCCCAUAGUUCCCUCGGCUGAUGGAACUGUCCAUAGACUACCCUCGUUUGCUUCCGGUAUUCCAAGACCUCCUUCUGGAUCCGGAUGGGAACUCUCACGACCUGGUGUUGCAGCAUCAGCUACCCCUCAUAGCGUGGUUCCUUUCAGGGGACCUUGGGUUAUCCCAGACGUUUCGCAGUCAACUCUCCGACUCCUCGAUAACGCCUGGGCCCCGGGUACACGGACAGCUUACCGACAUUCAUGGAGAUUAUGGUCUGGUUGGUGCAUGGAACGGGCAAUGGAUCCCGUAUCUGCCCCUCUGCCUUUGAUUCUGGAGUUCCUCAUGUUCCUAUUUGAUUCGGGCAAGGCAUACCGCACGAUCAACCUUUUCCGCUCAGCUAUCUCAGCCGGUCACGAAGGUCUAGACGGUUCUCCGGUCGGCAAGCAUCCUUUUGUCUGUCGACUUCUCAUGGGUAUUCGCCUUGCUCGUCCUCCUCGACCUCGUUUUGCCACCUUUUGGGACGUCAACGUGAUGCUACAGUUCCUAUCGUCAUGGUACCCCAAUUUGGAGCUGACUCUCAAGCAAUUGUCUGCCAAAUUGGUUAUGUUACUGUGCCUGAUUUCUUGCAGAAGAGUCUCUGACGUUCGGGCCCUGGACUGGGACGCCGUUGCACUCACCCCAGAAGGCGUCACCUUUGACAUUUCCAGGAGGACCAAGUCUGCGUCUAAGUCACUUACAUACCCUAGGUUUUCAGACUGUCCAGCGCUCUGCCCGGUGGAUUGCAUCAAGGACUAUCUGGAUGUUACACGUCCCCUUCGCAUGACAGACCUGCACGAUCUGUUCAUAUCCUUUAAAUCACCUCACCGGCCGGUUUCGACUCCUACUCUAGCACGUUGGGUGCGCUGGCUGCUAUCCUCCGCGGGUAUAGACACCUCAGUAUUUACGCCUCAUUCUGUAAGGGGCGCGAUGGCCUCGAAAGCCUCUUCAGUCGGAUGUCGCCUAGAGGACAUUAUGCGAGCAGCGGAUUGGUCUCGGGAAUCGACCUUCCGAGCCUUCUACUUCAGACCAAUUGAGCACAUCGCAUCUCGUGUGGUGGCACAGCUUUGAACUUGCAUAAUAUGAGCCUCCGUGUCUUUAAUAAAAUUCCCAGAUUUUACUAGUAACAUGACGUAAAGUCAUGAUUUUAUUAAAGACACGGAGGCGAGUAUUAUUCCCUCCCACCCUCCCGGAGUGGAGUUGGGAUACGAGAUGCUUGGUGGCUCUACAGGUAUGUUUUUCAGUUUGGUCUGUACUCUAUCAGUUUGAUUUUCAUCUUUUGUACGGGUUGUUGUACCUUUAUGUUGUGUACUAAUUCUGUUGUUUUUAUAUUUCAGAACUCUGUUUUACCUGUGUCUCCCCAAGACUAUGUUUGGUAAGUUUGCAGUUCUGAAUUAAGAAAUUACCAUAUUUCUCUAUCUUUUUUAGCUUGAAUUUGUCGCAUCGUUUCCCGUUACCCUGUUUCGACCAAGUGGGACAUCGUUCAUCUUACCUGGUCUUCGGUUCGCAAGAAAGAGGGGGAUUGUGGGAGACACAAGACUUAUAUAGCUACUUCCUAUACCCUGUGAUUGGCUACCUGUUGUGCCUAUACAGUUUUUUCUUCAGUUUUGAUAAUAUUUAUAUUUCUCUUUCUUUGCUGCUGAGGAAAUAAAGAAAGAGUUAUGCAUAAUACUCGCCUCCGUGUCUUUAAUAAAAUCAUGACUUUACGUCAUGUUACUAGUAAAAUCUGGGAAUUGUCUUACACAUUUUCCAGCAUGCAGUUGCAUUUCUUUUAUCUUUUUUCUUUUUUGAAAUUGUUUAGUGCGAUUAGUUUAUGACAUUUAUUCAUUUUACACAAAAUGUAGCAUUCAGACUAAAGUAGAAUUUGCAUUCUGUUCAUGUCAAAAAUCAGAAAUGACUACAAAACUUGAAAAUGUGUAGUUUGCCAGCUCACCUAUGAUUUGCAACAGAUGUCUAAGCUGGAAAAUUGGAUCUAAGGGAGCAUCAUGGAAAAAUAAAAUCAGGGAAAUGUUUUGUGUUUUUGCUAUUCGAAAAUAAUGCACUGAAUGUCCCUUUGAGACCGUUAAUUUUUUAUUUAUUUUUAACACAACUGAUGAUGUUUUUUAUGCUCUGUUGAUAAAUAAGAAGGGAGGUUCUGGCCCAUAGCAAAAAGAUUUGAAAUGAAUGUUUGCAGUCUGUUGCUUCAUGAACAGAAAUGGACAUUGUAAUUACAUAAUAUUCUCUACUGAGAUGUCGAAUGUAUUUACUUAACAUAUACAUAUGUUUUCCCGUGGGUGUGCAUUUACUUUAUGUACAAAUGAAAGUGGAACUCUAUAGAUAAACAUUUUUUUUCAAUAAUAUUCUUUUUUCCUAGUUCGGAUGGACACAUGUCACUCUGCUGAUUGUUGUCACGCAGUCACAUCUUGUCAUACACAACUUGUUUGAAGGCAUGAUUUGGUAAGACAUUUCUGAGAUAGCAUGAAACAUGAUCUCUUACACAGCGUUUGUAAAGGAACCAAUACAGUUGUUGCACAUGCUGUAGAACUGGUUCCAGUAUUUGUGUAAUUGGAAAAAAAAAAACCCUAACACUGCUUGCACAAGUAUAAAGAAGCCCAUACAAGCCACGUCAAAAACUCACUAUGUCAACAUAUAAAUUAAAUAAUCUGUCCUUGGAUGAGAUUUUCCUUCAAAGAUAGGAAAUAAACCCAUCCGACACUGUUUUCUUGUGUUGGUGUAUAUAUCACAUAUAAUUCCCUUUCUCCUAUACUAUUAUACUCCAUUAAUGCAAGACCUAUUUUAUACAUAAUUUUAUGUAGUUUUAUCAUGUUUAAACUAAUUAUGUGUACUCAUUUCUUUCAUUAAGGUUCAUAGUCCCCAUUUCUUGCGUAAUCUGCAAUGACAUCAUGGCAUAUAUGUUCGGGUUUUUCUUUGGCCGUACUCCUCUCAUCAAGGUUAGUGCAAUGUGGUUGACAGUUUACAUUCUUGUAAGGUUUAGUAUUGCAAGACUUGCUGUACCAGGAGUUGGGGAUGUUUUACCAUCUGGGUAAGUGGUUGGUGAAUAACAGAGUGGGUAACAUCCAGUUAUUGAAUUGUAUCCCACUCACCUCCCCCUCUCCCCCACCGCACCACCACCCAAACAUAAUGCCACUAUGGCAACAAUAUCUACGAGGUUUUUUUAAGCCAAAAUUAUAACCGUACUUUUUGUCUGGCUGUAUCACUACCAACAUUCAUGCUGAUUCCUUUCAUGUACUUCCUAUUAGUUGUCUCCAAAGAAGACCUGGGAAGGAUUUAUUGGAGGUUUUUUUUCUACUGUUGUCUUCGGAUUGCUGGUAAGUUUAAAUGCUUGCUUAUUUGACUGCAUAAACACAAUCAGAUGGCAAUUUGUAAUAUGCGAGAUUUGUUUUUCAAAUAUUCCUUCUUUGAGGCCUGUAUAUGCAAAUAAAAAUCCAGGAGCAAAAGGUCAAACUAGAAAUUUGACAAACUGAUUUCAUUAUCUCUAAAGCAGCUUUGCAUUCGUUAUGCUUCUUAUACCUACUUAGGCAUUUGUCCAGUGAAAGGAUAGGCUGAAAACGAUCUCACUUUAAAUCCCUAUCUGACCUUAUGGAGUUUGACUUUUAUAUUUAUUUUGAAAGAGCACUAACCAUACUAAUUAAAGUCAUUUCAACAACCAAAUGGUAUCUUCUCCUUGCUCACUAUUCAUGAUCUUCUACUUUAGAUUCUGUUCUCGAAGGCAUCCAGCUACCUAAUGUUGUUAACAUCUGAAAAGCAGUGCUCUUAGUAAUCCACAUUCAACUUAAACCAUGUUUUAAAUCUCCUUUAUAUUCAGUACUUCCACAGUCUUGCCAUUUUCCCUGCCUUAGUUUUAAAUUUGGCCCAACCUGUUCUUCACCCACUUGCAUUCAAUCUCUCACAUUAAGAUUGUCUCCAAAAUCUGCCUGUUCCUAACAUCAGAAACCACUACAAUGCUAAUUCACUUAUUAGUAAUGUCAGAUAUGGAUUAUGGCAGCACUCCCCUAAUAAGCUUUCUUCUUUAGCACCUAUCUCAAAUUCUCAUAAACUUCUAUAUUAGACCCAUUUAACUCACGCAUCCAUUUACUUCCUUACUCUGCCAGUUUCUCUAUUGGUGCUCCAUCACUUCCAGGACAUAAUAACCCAAGACUCAAAACAUUCUGUCUCCCCUAUAUCUGCUUUUCUGUUUAAAAGCUUUUUUAGUCAUCUUUACUCAUUCUGCCCAUGAUUUCUGCCUUUCUUCUUUUCUCCUCACAUUGUCCUAUGUUUUCUCUGUGCUGCUUUUAUUAUCUAGAAUUUCUUGCCAGACUCUGUCCUGCUCUCUCUCCCACGUUUCUCUUGUGUAUGUAAACAUGUAAUGUAAAGAUAAACUCCUGGCUGCAUCUUUCUUUAGGUUUCAAGUAAACAUCUGUAAACUGCUGCAGAUGGAUGAAAUUCAUAAUUCCAUCUCCCCUAGGUGUAUCGAUAUCUGUACAAUUGUUGUUUUAAAAAAUAUUUAAUUGCUGAAUGAUUUAUUUUACUUGCUGGUCAGAAUGAUACAGUUAUUCGGAUAUAAUCUGUUGCGUUGUGUUAUUUUUUUUUUAUCCAGCACCUGUCACAUUUUAUCCUUGUUUUAUAUGCUCUCUCCACCAUUAUAUAGAUAUAUUUUCUGGUGUGAUAUCUUUCACCUCUAAUUCUUCAGUUCUUUUUUUUUUUUUUUUCUAGUUAUCCUAUGUCAUGUCGGGGUACAGUUACUUUGUGUGUCCUGUAGAGUUUAACAAUGACACCAAUCGGUUUACAGUAGACUGUCAACCUUCUGAGCUUUUCCAGCUGCAAGAAUAUCACAUUCCUGCCCUACUGCAGUCUGUCAUCGGAUGGGUGAGAACUGAAAAAGGGACCUUGCACUGGUUACAUUUAUGCAUUAAACGUAAAGUAGAUUUGAACCCUGUGUGAUUUUGUAAUUGUAUGUAGCAAAAGAGCUACUCGUGUGACAUGACAGCCAAUAUAAUAAAGAGUAGAAAUAAAAUGUUGCAUAGAUAAUGGUUAACAAAAAAGUAUAUAAGUGUGCUACCUCUGGCAUCCUCAUUUACUAGUUGUUACCACAAUAGCCACUGCACAAGGAUAAGAUUAAAAGUAGGUGUGUGGGGCUGAUGAUAGCUGGAAUGUUUUUACACACUCAGAUCUUCGAUUGCAUGCACAAUAACAGGGUUAUUCCACAAACAGUGAUUCUUAGUUAAUUAAAGCCAAAUGGCAAACACUGAGGCUAAAAUUUUGGCAACUGAACUACUAGAAAAAAAUUAUUUGAUAGCUAUUUCUAAAUAAAGAGUGCAAUUCUACUGAAAACUAGGAAUUGGUAGGUCUGGUUUAAACCAUUGUCAUAUAUAAAUAGUAUCCAUUGUCUACCGUUUAUCUACUAUGACACCUAGUGAACUAAUUAAAUGGGAGGUUACACCAAAAGCUCUUUAAAUUGCAUUGCUAUCAAUGUUAUGUAAUGAGUCAGCUCUAUUACUGCACUUUUAAUAGCUUCAGUAAUCCUCCCCUCCAGUUUGUAAAAUAGCCUCUAAUAAACUAGAAAGUAAGCUCAUUGAGCAAUGCCCUCCACCUCUAUGUUCCUGUAUGUCGAGUUGUCUGGUUACAAUUAAAUGUCUGUUAGUCCACCCUUUGUACAGCGCUACGGAAUCUGAUGGCGCUAUAUAAAUAAUAAUAUAAUAAUAAUAACUACAAAUGCAAUGCAAUUAGCCAAAGCAUCUCCUAAUUCACCCUCCCCAUGUUCUCUCCAAUCUCUCGUUCAUCCCCAGGAGUUUAAUUUGCCAGAAUAUUUGCAAGAAGGCAAAGGACAUAUAUCAAAAUGAAUGUGUGCAUCAGCGAUCUCAAAAUCCUAUACAAUGAGCCUGCAGAUAAAAGCUUAAGCUGGCUUUUGUUCUUCUUCACUAAGCAUAAUUUUAGAUUGACAGCUGAUGUAUGGGUUAUAUAUUAAGAACAAUUCUGAUGCAAACAUUUAAAAAUAGUGCAACUGUCAGAACAUUUUACUGCUGUCCAUGAUCAUUGCUCCACUUUUAAAAACCUUACCCUGGAAUUAAUUUUUAUUUACAACCCCUUUUAAGUCGGAUUAAAUCCCUGUGUUUGAUGCUGAAUUGCACAGGAUCUCAUGGUGUCUAUUUUCUGUUACAGAAGACAAUCUGGAUGUAUCCCUUCCAAAUCCACAGCAUCGCCCUGUCCACAUUUGCCUCCCUCAUUGGACCAUUUGGAGGAUUCUUUGCCAGUGGUUUUAAAAGAGCUUUCAAGAUCAAAGUAAUUAUUGCUGAAGAUGGAACUAAAACAAUGCAUGUGUUGCAUAUGAACUAAUUCACAAUCAUUCAGAUUAUUUAUCUACGUGUUACAUAACCUUUCAUACCCAAUGUGUAAAUACACCUGUAUAAUUCAGGGCAAUUUGGGAUGAUGUUGCAGAAUAUUUAUGCCUGCUAAAAAACAAUAUUUAUUUUUGUAUUGUAAAAUAUGCUUACAAUUUUUUAAAUACAAAAGAAAUAUUGGGAAAGCACACAUUUUAAAAUGGUGAUCGAGGCUCUAGUCUAGAGGUGACCAAACUUCAAAUGUGAUAAGAAAAAAUAUAUAAAAAUAAAAUAUAUAUGUGUGUAUAUAUAUAUAUAUAUAUAUACAGGUGCAAGAAAAAGUAUGUGAACCCUUUGGAAUGAUAUGGAUUUUUGCACAAAUUGGUCAUAAAAUGUGAUCUGAUCAUCAUCUAAGUCACAACAAUAGACAAUGUGAACCCUUGGAUUUAAUAACUGGUUGAACCUGCUUUGGCAGCAAUAACUUCAACCAAACGUUUCCUGUAGUUGCAGAUCAGGCGUGCACAAUGGUCAGGAGUAAUUCUUGACCAUUCCACUUUACAGAACUGUUUCAGUUCAGCAAUAUUCUUGGGAUGUCUGGUGUGAAGUUUAAGCAGACUGUGAUUGUCUAUUGUUGUGACUUAGAUGAUGAUCAGAUCACAUUUUAUGACCAAUUUGUGCAGAAAUCCAUAUCAUUCCAAAGGGUUCACAUACUUUUUCUUGCAACUGUGUGUAUAUAUAUAUUUAUAACAAAGAAAAAACCUGGGCACAAAUCUGAUUUUCAGGCAGUUUUAAUGGAUAAAAGCAGCAACAUAUCGGCUCCUCACAUAUAUCGGCCUUUACCCAACAAAUCAAAACCAGUUUUGUUUUCUUUGUUUUUUUAGUUGAGCACUUCAGUUGUGUUUUUAUUUUUACACAUUCCACAGACCCUGUCAACCAUAUUAACUUUGAAAUGUUACUGUUGCCUACCUUCAGUUCUUUUAAAAAGGUGAUUUGAAAAUAUGUUGAGUGAAAAACCAUCAUACAAAAACUAAAUUGUAACACCCAUGAGAACAUUUGUUGUCUUUCUGGAAAUCACACUGUGGAAUAUUUGUUAUUCUAGGAUUUUGCCAACACCAUCCCAGGGCACGGUGGCAUAAUGGACCGAUUUGACUGCCAGUAUUUGAUGGCCACAUUUGUGAACGUUUAUAUUGCAAGCUUUAUCAGGUAAGCAAGGAGUAGCACAUGCUUUGGCUUUGAACUUAAAACAUUUAUAUUCUCAUUCAGGUUUCAGCAUCUCAGUAUUGUCUUACAAAUGUUUUGUUGUUCUUCUCCUUUAAGAGUGACUAAAAUAAUGCAUAAAAUACAUUAAUAUGUGUACAUGCCAAGUUGCAUAAAACUGUAGCUAAAAAAUGGUAAUUCUGCUAUAUACAAGUAAUGUGUUAACUUAUCACUAUCUUCAAAGUACUCCAAUCUCAGUGGUCAUUACCUUAAAGGUACACUCCAAUGACCAUAACAACUUCAUCUAUAUUAAGCUGUUAUGGUGAUAGGAGGCCCCUCUUACCUUAAGGAGUUAAACCUUAAAAGCAGCCUUUCGAGUUAACCAAAAUGGUCUAAUCCAAAAGGCUUUCUCCAGUGCCCAAUCUCCAGGUCCCCCAGCGGUAUCCGGCUUCUGAAACUGAGUUUUAAGAGGUGUGUAUGCCACCAGACAGGGGCACUGAUGGUUGGCUUCCAUUUUAUGAAUGGCCCUGUCGGUGGUACUACAUGCUUCCUGAACGAUUUUAAAGUACAAGUUGAGGCAAACAUCAAAAGAGAACCAGACUUCUGAAGUUCUACCCUACUAUCUGAGAAACUAAAGUAAAAGAUGACUAGGCACAACUGGAUACAUCCUUUAGGUAGAUUAUUUACAUUAUAUAACAUUUAUGUUUAAUUUAUUUAUUUUUUAGGUUUUUUGGGGGGGAGUUCUUAAUUAGUUUGUCAAUUUCUCUGGAAGUAUGCUGGCCCUUCUGGUAUCCUGGUAUGAUAACCACACAUGAGCUGUUGUGUUACAGUGCUUGGAGUGCUCCUUUAAAUUGUCAUGCUUACUUGAAAGGCACAUUUUAGAUAUCUAAAACAUAUUUUUAUUUUUUUAAUGUUUCAAUGGGGUUUUUUUUUUGUUUUGUUUUUUACAUUGUUCAUUGUGUUGGAAAUUUAAAGGGACACCAUAGACACUAUAACCAUUUCAUCUCAUUACAUUAGAACUGUCCCUAAAUUCAGUAAGAAACUUUUAGAAUGGUUUAACACUUAUUAAUGAUCCCUGGCUGCUCAGUCCAGCCCCCACUGGAAGUAUUGCUAAGGUUGAGAUUGCAUACAUACUUAGUCAUACUCAUUCAUACAUGCAGUGGGUGGCUGUGGUAGGCUGAAAGUUGUCAUUUGACACUCUCGGCUAAUCAGAGGGCAUGGAUUGCUGUGGACUCUCAUUUAGCAUUAAAAAUGGUUUAAGAUUUAAGAGGACAGUGCCAGGAGACUCCGAUACUAUAAGUACUUCAAUGAGAUGAAGCAGUUACAGCAUCUACAGUUUCUGUUUUAAGACUGAGCUGGCUGUUUAUUGACCCUUGGAAACGUAACGUUUUUACUGUGGGGUAUUUUUAUGUCUAUAGCACAUUUUGUAUUGCAGUGUUCCUAGCCAUACAUCUGGUCAGCAUAUUUCCUAACAAGUGUUAAACCUUCAGUCUGUAGCUCUGUUCAGCCACAAGUUACAAACUAAUAUUAUAAGGUUAAAUGAUUUAAAGAACCUGACUGUAUUGAUGUGUGCUAUAAUUUCUUUUUUAAAAUCUGUUUUUCUUUCUCAGGGGUCCCAACCCAAGCAGAUUAAUCCAACAGUUCUUAACUCUGCGUCCUGACCAACAAAUACACAUCUUCAACACACUAAAGUCACAUUUAAUGGAAAAGGGAGUUCUGGGAAAUGCAGAAGAAGAAGCAUAACUCUACAUUGUGCACAACAGAGGACACGCCAACUGACAGAUUGAGGUUGUUCUUUGAUGAUACUAGAGGAGAUGCAUUGACCACCUCUUCUGCUGUCAGAGAAGGUUGAAAAAGACUUUGUGCAUUGUUUUUUUUCCUUUCACCACCUUACGUUUCUUGUUCAUGUAUUCCUAUAUUUCUCUUUUAUGCCUAUCCGAUCCUUUAUCCAGCAGGCUAUCAAUGUGAUCACCUGCGGGUCAUCAAGUGUACCAAACUAGGCCCAAACAAUGUGCAGAGAUUAACUAUUGAUAGUUUAUAUGUGUAUUAAUUGCAUACUGCAUUUGUAACUCUGGAAAGGGUAGUGGGCAGAUUUAAUUUAAAAAAAAAUAUUUUUUACCUUCGUAUUUGUGCUACAUUUUAAUUGCCUUUGCAUCGAGUAUAGAGUAUUAUGUUCAGAUCUCUUGUUUUAAAAAUUAUUGCCAGCACGUUGGAACCUAGACAAUGGGGCAAUCUGUAAUAUUUUAUAGGAUUAGUGGAUAUUGAAGACCUUUUAAUGCUGUGUCCAUGUUUACAUGUGUUUGUUCCAGUCAAACAUCUUAUGCUACAAUUAGUUUUUUCCCUACUUGACUUGUACAAACUACUUUUACUUCUCUAGUCUUGUACAAGAUACUUUUUCCGUUUUAUUUUCUUGUGCACACUUGGCUUUAGUUGUCUUUAUUUAAGAGUCCAAUAACUAACAGUAAUUUAUAUUUGUGUAAUCUUUAUGGCCCCUCGCUGUAAUUCAUUGCUAGUGGUUUUACCAGUAAUACUGGGUGAAAAUGCAGUCCAUUACAAAGUUGUGUAAUCUGUAAAGAGAAAACUACACAUCAAUAAUUCUUUAUUCUCAAAUCCCUUAAUUUCAGCAAUCUGUCUUGUCACCAUUUAUUUUCACUGAUUAUUUGUCUGUUUAUCUCUAUAAUUAGGUUCGCCCGAAACAGUCUUUUUGCUUUUCUGGAAGUAUUUAUUUUAGUUAACUUUACAUACGGUUGGAUAAUCUGAGUGAUGGUUUAAAGUAUUACGUAGUUAUUUAAAUUUUAAGUCAUAAAAGUGAAUUUCAAAAGGGAUUUAAACCUCCAGUGAGUAAAUACACUACCUCCCCUUAUGUCUGCUUAAGAAAAAAAAAUCCCUGGCAGUUCAAUGGGUUUUUUGUUUUUUUUUCUAUGUACUAUUUUAUUUUAUUACAUUUGCCUAGAGUAAAACUAUACUCAUUGAAAACAAGUUAAAAAAAAAACAAAACUUUUUUUUUUGUACAAGAUGUAUUUAUUAAUAUUAUUUGUAUUCCCUUUUCAGAAUGACUUGUAUAAUUUCUGAUUCAUGGAUUUACUGUAUAUGUAAUUUUUCUUUUAUAUUUAUACGAAUACAGCAGACACUAUAUACCAUGAUGGUUUAGUAAAGAGCUGGCCGGAGGAAAGUUACAAUAUUGUACUUGGUACAUAUAUAAAAUUAUUAUUCCUUAUAUUAUGUAAAGAGCAAAGAUAAAUUCACCUUCUACUAGCUCCCAAAACGUAAAUUUCAUAUAGAGUCUUAUAAUAUAACUUUGCAUUUAAUAUCUUUGAAUGAGUGUAAGAGCUAUAUUUAGGUAUUUAUUUGAGAAAUGCUACAGGCACCAAAAAGUUGAACAUUGGACCUGACAAAGCAUUGUGUGAAAAUAUAAUCCUGAUUUUAUCUGCAUGAUGUCAGAGGAAUAAAUACAAGAUCGUCUUGCACCAUAGCGCAAAUACCUAGCAAAAAAUAUUUUUAAAAAUCUGCAUAUGCAGAAGCUUUUCUCGUUUAGUUUAAUGAGAAGUUAGUUGGCAUGCGCGCUGGUGAUCUCAUGCAAAUAAGCAUGCUCAGCAGGGCUUUCUUUAAAAGUUUUAGCAGAAACUUGAUUGGCUGCUACAUCUCAAUCAAUUCCUGGUUGAUGUAGUAGGCACUGGAGGAUAUUCAGAACCAAGUUAUUAGGGGAAUGAUUUUUUUUUAAUUAAAAUGGGUGAUAAAUACAGAACCUCAGAAUGUAUGGUGUGCACUUACCUAUGCUCGACAUAGGUAAAACUUUAGUAGUUAUGAGUAAAGUGGGUAACAUAUGUGUUUUAUUAAUUUGCUUUUUUUAAAUGAACUAUCCUGACCAAAUUUCAAAUGGCUAAUAAACUUACACAGAUCCUCUAACAAAAGAUGAUAAAAUGUCCUAAAUGUUCAUUAAAACUCCCAUAACCUAAUCACAAACAUACCUCUCCUUGGCCAUUUGAUAUGCAGGGAGAUAUAUUUAUCCGUCAGCCUUUGAUGAAAGAUUAAAGUACAUUAUAACAACAAUAUGCUAGCAUGAUGUGCAACUAAGACUGAGAGAAACAAUUGCAAACAAAUCUGAAGGGUAAAAGGGGAAGGCUUGUCCUGUUAUAACCGCUAUCUAUUGUAAAUCUUUAUUUUAUGGGGGUUUUUUUUUCUUUGUUUUUGAAGGAAGUUUGGAUGGUGCUUAUACCAACUUUUUUUUUAUUUUUUUUUUAUAUGUUUUGCCUGUUUUUCUUGUCUGUAGUAAAGCUAUUAAUAAUGAAUUCUAGGCAUUCUUCUCCAAAGAGAGAUAUUUCAUAGACAUUGGCUGUAAAUGGAAGAUCUAUUUUAUAUAAUGGCAUGUGACAUUCUCAUGACUAUUAAUGGCAAUACUGGAACAGUUUUAAAACAUUUUCUGGCUUUUGACACACGAUCAUAAUUCAAAGCAGAAAGUUUAUCGUGGAACAAUCAAUUAUGUGCGCUGAAAGUGCAUAUAUAAGCAUAAUGCUCAUGAACUAGCUUAAAUUAUAUAUUGAUGGAGAUCAGGGGAUUUAGAAGUAAUAGAUAAAGAUGCAUUUGUCCUACACACUAUAAUUUGUAUUUGGGAAUAUGAAAUGCAAUUGAACUGUUCCUCUGCACAUAUACUAAUGACUGUGUUCCUGCAGCAUGAUGCGUUGUUUGCAAGUGUGAUUCUGCAGUGUGGCACAUUGCGUGGGAUCCUGAUCCUGCAGCAUUGUGUAGUGAUCUUGCAACGUGUCAAACAAAUCUGGUGCUGUUUGUGGAAGUAUGAUCCUGCAGCAGUGUGUAGUGUCCCUUAAAUAUACAUUUAUAUAUUUUUUGCACAAUGUUGCUGUGCACGUGCCCGAGUCAGCACAGCACCUAGUUGCAGUGUGCACAAGUCUGAUCCUGCAGCAUACUUGUAUGUGUGAGAGUCCACAAGAGACAGCAAGUUGCUUUGUACUGAUUCUGCAACAUGUUUCAUUUUAUACAAAUGUAAUUGUGCAGAAUUUUGCAAUGUAUCAAAAUCUGACGGUGUAGUCUGUGGGAAUCUGAUCUUACAGCAUGGUGCAGUGUUUGAGAGUCUGACCUUACAGCAUGGCGCAAUAUGUGGGAAUCUGACCUUACAGCAUGGUGCAGUGUGUAGGAAUCUGAUUUUACAGCAUGGUGCAGUGUGUGUGAGUCUGAUCUUACAGCAUGGUGCAGUGUGUGGGGAUCUGAUCUUACAGCAUGGUGCAGUGUGUGGGAGUCUGAUCUUACAGCAUGGUGCAGUGUGUGGGAGUCUGAUCUUACUGCAUGGUGCAGUGUGUGGGAAUCUGAUCUUACAGCAUGGUGCAGUGUGUAGGAGUCUGAUCUUACAGCAUGGUGCAGUGAGUGGGAGUCUGAUCUUACAGCAUGGUGCAGUGUGUGGGAGUCUGAUCUUACAGCAUGGUGCAGUGUGUGGGAGUCUGAUCUUACUGCAUGGUGCAGUGUGUGGGAAUCUGAUCUUACAGCAUGGUGCAGUGUUUGAGAGUCUGACCUUACAGCAUGGCACAAUGUGUGGGAAUCUGACCUUACAGCAUGGUGCAGUGUGUGUGAGUCUGAUCUUACAGCAUGGUGCAGUGUGUGGGAGUCUGAUCUUACAGCAUGGUGUAGUGUGUGGGAAUCUGAUCUUACAGCAUGGUGCAGUGUGUGGGAAUCUGAUCUUACUGCAUGGUGCAGUGUGUGGGAGUCUGAUCUUACUGCAUGGUGUAGUGUGUGGGCGUCUGAUCUUACUGCAUGGUGCAGUGUGUGGGCGUCUGAUCUUACUGCAUGGUGCAGUGUGUGGGAGUCUGAUCUUACUGCAUGGUGCAGUGUGUGGGAAUCUGAUCUUACAGCAUGGUGCAGUGUGUGUGAGUCUGAUCUUACAGCAUGGUGCAGUGUAUGGGAAUCUGAUCUUACAGCAUGGUUUAGUGUGUGGGAAUCUGAUCUUACAGCAUGGUGCAGUGUGUGGGAGUCUGAUCUUACUGCAUGGUGCAGUGUGUGGGAGUCUGAUCUUACUGCAUGGUGUAGUGUGUGGGAGUCUGAUCUUACAGCAUGGUGCAGUGUGUGAGAAUCUGAUUAUACAGCAUGGUGAAGUGUGUGGGAAUCUGAUCUUACAGCAUGGUGCAGUGUGUGAGAAUCUGAUCUUACAGCAUGGUGUAGUGUGUGGGGGUCUGAUCUUACUGCAUGGUGCAGUGUGUGAGAAUCUGAUCUUACAGCAUGGUGCAGUGUGUGAGAAUCUGAUCUUACAGCAUGGUGUAGUGUGUGGGGGUCUGAUCUUACUGCAUGGUGCAGUGUGUGAGAAUCUGAUCUUACAGCAUGGUGCAGUGUGUGAGAAUCUGAUCUUACAGCAUGGUGUAGUGUGUGGGGGUCUGAUCUUACUGCAUGGUGCAGUGUGUGAGAAUCUGAUCUUACAGCAUGGUGCAGUGUGUGAGAAUCUGAUCUUACAGCAUGGUGUAGUGUGUGGGGGUCUGAUCUUACUGCAUGGUGCAGUGUGUGGAAGCUUGAAUCUGUUGCAGUGUUUGUUGAUUCUGUAGCAGUUUGACAGUGUACAUUUGUUCAAUACCUGCAAGCAAGUUUUCUGAAAUUUACUCUUUGAUACAAGCCUGGUUUCCAAAACUUGGACUCUAUUCCUAUGAAAGCACAGUUCCCAAACCAGUAUACACAUACAGCGAGGGCCGGAUAAACAUAGAGGCUAAUGAAGCUAAAGCUACAGACCCAUGCUCCUGUAGCUCCUCUUUACAUGCUUUUGCUUUGUGCAGAGGAAAUUAAAGGGAUACUAUAGUCACUAGAACAACUACAACUUAUUGUAUUUCUUCUGGUGAGUAUAAUCAUUCCCUUCAAGGUUUUGCAGUAAACACAGUCUUUUCAGAGAAAAGGCAGUGUUUACAUUACAGCCUAGGGAUACCUCCACUGGCCACUCCUCAGAUGGCUACUAGAGGUGCUUCUUGGGGCAGUGUUGCACGCCAUUCAGUGUCUCCGCCCUCUGCAUGCAGACACUGAAUUUUUCUCAUAGACGUGCAUUGAUUUAAUGCUUCUCUAUGAGGAGAUGCUGAUUGGUCAAGGCUGUGUUUUGCUUGUGCUGGCUCUGCCUUUGAUCUUCCUCCUUGACAGUUUUAGCCAAUCCAAUGCUUUCUUAUUGGAAAUCAUUAUGAUUGGCCUUGACCAAUACCUCUGAUAAUGUCAGCCAAGCAGGCAGAUCAUCAGCAGAGACAGCAGGAGCAGGGUGGGAUAAUGGUAAGAUUUUACUAUAUUUAUGGGAGGGGGCAGGCAGGGGGGAUAGAUGGUGUUUUUAAAACUAUAGGAUCAGGAAUACGUUUGUGUUCCUGACCCUAUAGUGUUCCUUUAAGUAUAGGAACUUGCAGGGGAACAAAACUUGGGUGGACUGGCUGACUAUAAAUAGUUAACAAAAAGUGUUUUUUUAACACUGAACGAAUGCUCUUGCUGCUUCGGUCUCUCUAACAGUGUGGCAUGUCCCUAUAAAUCUACGCUCACUACAUCUACAUUUUCUCUGUCAUGGACUGCUUUCCAGGAGCUUCCGCCUGCUUGUAAGAAGGGAAGGAGAGACGUGGACAAGCGAGUGCCGGGGGUAACUAGGGAACUCUCCCCAGAAAGUGUAGAGCAAGUGCAUCAUUACAUGCAUUUGUGGCAAGCUCAGGGUUAUGGAGGGUUUGCAAAGUCCUCCUUUAGUUGGUGGACCUACUUUUAUUCACGCCAGACUGACCUUCCAAUUUUUGGUGCAGACCUGCCCUCUUUCCAGGUGGGUCGGCUAACCUCUUUUUACUCUACUCAUCAGCAUCCCGCUUCACAGGAUGGGAUAUUGAUUUGGUUGACAGAUGAAAGUGAAAGAUUAGCAUAGGGUAUGUGUUUUCUUAUAGCUGUAUCCUGUGAAUUUCCCUCUGGCACCGCCUCCACUUGCGAGGUAUGACUCUUAUUUUACUAAGAUUCUGUAAUUAGGUCCAUCACAAUUGUUAGCUCCAGGCUCAAUAGGCACUUAAUCCGGCCCUGCAUAUAGCAAUUAUUUACACUGACCAAGCAAUCAAUGAAACAUGUUGUCGGGUUGAUUCCAUUAGGUGGUCAGAAACGUUUUAUACCUUAGCUUAGUUGAUAUAUUUUUAGUCUGAGGAUGUUUGUAUAUGCUUCAUAGGCUGGCUUACAAAGUGCUGCUAUAAAUAGUAAUAUUGUGUGCUUAGUCUACACACAAUAUUGCCUAAUAUGUACAUACAAUCCUCAGCUGUCUGAAAUGCUCAGAUUCACUGUAUGAGAGUAAUUUUUGUAGUCCUGGAUUCUGCAAGAAGGUUACACAAUUUAAUAUCCAGCAAACCUACAUUUACAUUAUUAUGGCACAUUUCUCAAAACUUCUAUAAAUAACUUGAAUUACUGUGAAGUAAAGGUAGUUUGUAUAUAAACAAGUAUUGAUUGUUUUAUGCACCAAGCCAAUUAUGUUUGCUGCUACAUGCUGAUAUUUAACCUCAACUACAGGGAAGAAGGGGUCAUUUUCUGCUUUUGAAUGGGGUGUUACAUCCUAUUUUCUUAACAGGAUUCAGUUUUCAGAUUCCCAUCCUUUAUUUCUCCUGCAGUCUCUGCUUGUCACAGUGAUACCUGUCCGUGAUAACAUGAAAAUUGACUCUACCUUACACUGUAACAUUCAAGCUGCAAUUAGCAUAUGUUUAAUGACUACUAUACUUAAUUCUGUGUGCAACCAGCUUCAUUUAGCCCUUUUAUAGUAAUAUAUUUUUUAAAAAUGGGUAAUUAAGUAAACAAUAUCUGCAGUCUGUACAUUGUGAAAUAAGUUUUUCAAAGUUGUCCCUUUAAGAUUAAAAGUAAAAUGCUGUAAGGCAUGUACAUUUUACUUUUUAGCUUUUUUAGAAGGAAAUCACAUUCUUCUUAGCAUUGAACUGAGCUGUGAACUAGAAAUUAUUAGAUCACCAUCUGAAAAAAAAAAUAACAACUUUAAUAUCUGCUAUUAAUUCAGGGGUAGGCUGGCAAAGGAGAUGAGGGAGGGUGGAAAAUGAAGAAUUUUGUCAAAUAAUUUAUAUAUAUAUAUAUAUAUAUAUAUAUAUAUAUAUAUAUAUAUAUAAAAGGACCAAACCACAAAACUGUGCUUUCAGUCCUACUUCUAUAUACUUUCUAUAUAGCCCAUUUUACCAAGAUAUUGUUAUGUUAUGUAUGUGUUACAGUCUGUGUCAAAAUUAUGGUAUGGUGUUUACUUUCUGGCCAUAAUGCCUACUGGUCAGCCUGUCCCUGCCUCCAACAUAUUUCUCUGCAUGAAUACAGUCCUAAAUUUAAGCAUCCUGUGAUAAAAAGGCUCUAUAAAAUAGCAAGGCCCAUUGUGUUAAAUAAUAUCAGUUGUUUAAAUUAAAUCUUUCUUUUUUCUUAUUUUCUUAAGAUUUCUUCACAAAGUAUAAUUUUUAGGAAUAUUGUAAAUACUAAAUACUUUAGUUUUAUAAACGGUUAAAGUUCUUUUUAAUCAAAUAAUGCCUUUUGAAGUCGGGCUAGUUAAAUCAUGCCCCUCGGUUUUCGUGCAGUUAUAACUUCUACCAUCCAGGAAGUUGCAGCAUUGCCAGUACUACUUUAACCCCUUAAGGACACAUGAUGUGUGACAUGUCAUGAUUCCCUUUUAUUCCAGAAGUUUGGUCCUUUAGGGGUUAAAGGGAUACUCUGGCACCAAUGCAACUUUAAUGUAUUUGAUAGACUUUGGCCUCAUUAUCUUGUAUUUUUUUUUUUACAUAUUUGAAACUUUAUUAUUUUUGCAUUAAAAACAAACAAACGUGUUUUACUGAAUACUACACCUUAGCCAUGCCCCUGCAUGCCAGAAAGACUUCCUUGUCAAAGGUAUGCACACAGUUUUAGCCCCAAAGAGAACAGUUUGAGCUGCGUUUAAUACACAACCUGGCUGCAGACAAUCAAAAACUAUAAACAGGUAGUGAUAUCCCUGCUAUAAGCCUCCAUCAGUGCCCUCUCCUUAUAAUGCAGGAUGUUUUGUAGUUAAGUACUCUCAGUAGCUGAACGGUGUGCAUACCUUUUUGAUAAGGAAGUAUUUUAUGGCCUGAGGGAUUGUGGCUAAAGAGGCAGGGGUAAGGUGCAGCAUUUUGCUAAAUAUUUAUUUUAUGCAAUAAACAUAAAUAAUUGAGAUUACAAAGAAAAUACAGCAUAUUAAUGAUGCCAAAACCUGACAAAUGCAUUAAAGUUGUAAUGGUGUCCGGAGUGUCCCUUUAAGGUGCAAUCCUGGCCACAUAAUUGCCCAGCUAUUACUUUUGUAUACACAACUGUAUAUUUAUAUGGCUUAAAACACUGGUAAGCUGUGUGCUGCUUCGGCACACAAUGUAUUGUAUCGCUUUGACAUUACAAUGCAGCACAUCACUAAUACAGUUUAAUUAUCCGUUCACGUUGGCACCUAUAGCUUAAUACUGCAUAACAAUCUGUAUAUCUGUGUCAGCCAAAGCAGGAACUUCCUGUAACAGUUUCAUUCUGAGUAUUGCUGAUAAAUUAGAAGUUUUGAUCCUUAUAGCCCUAUACACUCUGGCUGCCUUUUGCAUAAAUGUUCUAUUUAAAUGUUCAUGUCCCAGCAUUGCAAGAACUAGGUUAGCCGUUCACAGGGGCAGAACUAACAGUUAGCAGUGCAUGUUAAAUAUAGGGAGUGCUCUGUAAGAAGCAGUUCUUAGAAGCAUCUUGUUAAACUGCUUCCUGUACUUUCUAGAUGCACCCUCUCUGUGUUAGCAAUACCUGUAAGUGGGCUAAUUCCGCAAUUCUAUGACUUCUCUCACUCCUUAGAUUGAUUAUUCACAUGUGAUAAAUGUUUACCUAUUUAUAUACUUAUGCAACUUAAAAAUAAAUAAUUGUCUCAAACAAGUGUGUCUUGCUUUUAUUCAGAGUUCCAAUGAAUAGGUUGUUAUGCUGUGUGAUUUUCUUUGCAAUCAGAAACAGAAAAUGUUGAUUUGAAGAGAUUCCUGCUUCCUUUCUGAUUUGUGCAGUAUGUACAUUAUUUUCUAUACAAGAAUCAUAGCCUCUGGAAUUUAGGUGAAUAAGGUCUCCUUUUUUUCUUAUCAAUAAUAAUAAAUGAGUACGUG